CGAAAGCGUCAACUCAGCGAAUAUUUUGUUUCAAUAUCUCCAGGAAAUGGAAAGUAUGCAUAUCUUGACGCAUCUUUUCCGCGGCAACAUGGUGACAACGUGAGGCUUUUAAGUCCUAUAAUGCAAGGUGCAAAGUGCAUGUCAUUCAUGUAUCAUAUGUAUGGAAGUUCCAUGGGAAGCUUGGUAAUCUACAUGAAAACAAACAGCAGUGAAACAGUGGAAUGGAUUAAAACAGGCCAUCACCCCAAUCAAUGGCUCGAAGCUGUUAUAUUUCUCAAUUCUUCAGCUCUCUACCAGGUAAUCCAUCUGACUGAUAAAUUGAGAAAGCGGGCUAUAACCUGAUUUCAAUUACUCUUUGCCUGCGCUGGCUUGAUGCAGAAUCUGUUAACCAAGUAAAGUAAAAUAAAAGAAGAGAAUGUACAAUGCCUACAUGGAAGAUAACAAAAGAAUCAAACUAUUACCUUUACUUGCUUAGUUUUAGAUAAAAGAUUUUAAGCCAGAGUCAUCUUUGUGAAAACAGGAGUACAUGAAAGGAUAUACGAAACUAGGAGAACACUGUACAUGCAUCAGGAACUCUAACACCUUGCAACAAAACCGUCAGAAAACCGAUUAAAAAUCAACCAAGAUUAUCCAGUCUUCGAAUUCCUAGAUUGAUGGGCGCGAUGUUUAUUGAUACAAUAGUAUCCCAUUGUUAUAAGCAUAGUUCUUAGUGCUGAAAUGAAUUUAUUUAAGUGACUGUAAAGUGCAUUGUUGUUUUUCCGUAAGCUCUUUUUAGCCUAGUUUAGACUAGUUACGACAAGCGUACUAGAAUAUGUCCACUAACUAACUUUCAGGGUUUAAUCUUUAUAGAUUAUAAUGGAGGGAGUACGGGGCGUUUCCUUUACAAGUGAUAUAGCCAUAGAUAACAUCGCAUUUAGAAAUGGACGCUGUGAACGACUUGGUAUGUACGAGUAAAUUUACCACUGCAUUUUUGAAAUAUUCCAAUAUGCUGACACUGAAAUAUGGAUCAAACUCAUAAAAAGUAUUGCAAACGACAUUUGUAACAUUUUUUCCUUUUUUUCCAGUUACCCAGUCAUUAUACGCCUUCAUAAAGGAAGAUGCUACAGACUUCAAAUUGGACAGAAUUCCAGAUUACAAUGGAUGGUACUAUCAGUUUACAGUGUAUGCUCUUCAAACAAGAAACAUUUCAACCGAUGUGAUGUACUUUGUGUACCCAGCAAACACUGUCCGUUGUGCAAAAGGCAUCACCCAAGAGCUUUCAUUAGAUGACCUCAGUUGCUUUCCUCGAGACUUCUUCUUUUCCUCAAGGACAUAUCAGCCACAUUACAAAAAGAUAUUGCUUCUGAAUCGGGGAGAAAAACUACCAUACGGAAUUGCCUUGGAGGAAUACCACAACUGCUGCCGUGAAACAGUUACAGAGUACUUCUUUGCAAAUGUGUCAUUAGACCGUAAGUUAAUUAAUAAGUGAACUUAUACUAAGAUGGCUCUAAACUUAGGCAUAAAACCUAUCUUUUCCAAAAAUCAUACGAUGGUUAGUUUUCUUUUAACUGUGAGCUUAAUACAAUUGCCGGCUGGUAACGAGGUAUCCAGUUAUGUGGCUUAAAAUGAAAAACAAAAAAGAAUUAUUCACGUAAAACCUGAAGUUUUGGUCUGCCGUUCAGAAACUAGUGUAUCAAUUGUUAUUUUUUUUCCCAACUACAGAACAAAAAGCAUGCACACCUGGCUGGCUUAAUUUGGGCGAUUCAUGUUUUCGAAUAUAUUCUUAUAAUUACCAAACCUCGAAAGACGCCAUGUUCAAGUGUCACAACCUUGGAGGAAGACGUGCUGUUCUUGGAAAUGCCGUUCAACUGCACUCACUUUCAAGAUUCAUCGAUGACUAUAUUGGGGACCCUUGGCUAAACUCCGAUCGUCUGUGGCCUUGUCAUUGGAAUCUAUCAUGCGGUUUCGUUUGUGAAACAGACGAACGUAAGUCCUUCGUUCCACGCUUUUUUUUUUAAUGAGGUUUGCUUUAGAUCCGUAGAUCACAAAUCAAAUUUUGGAAAAUUGGAAUUGCAGUUGGAAUUUUGGAAAAUUUAGAAGACUAUUCUUUAAUUUUGCUUUUCCUAUCAUUCAAUAAUCCUUAGGAAGAUUUUUGAUCGGUUGGCAAUCCGUCCAUUCAUCCCAGGCAAACAGCAGCGGUGAGCCCUUCCACGCUGUCGACGGUCACGUUGCGUCUUGUUUCACGGUUAAAAGGCAAAAGGUAAGUUCUUUUGUGGUAAGAAUCCAUUUCAGUUGUACCUCGCUUAUCAGAUGGAUCAUCUAGCUUUGCUCGUAGUUAAAUUCUCUAUAUUUGUAAUUUAAAGUUGCUAGAUGUCAAGAUACCUCCAAUAUUCUGGCCUUGCGGCGUGUCAAAAGUGUGACAGAAAGUCCUUCAAAGUCCAGUUACUUCCUGUUUAAUCUAUGCUGACUUACUGCACAAACCUCCCCCUCGCUUUCACAAAAUAAAUGCUGUGGUUUAAUUUUACCCUUGAUUUAAAUUUUAUUUCCCUUUGUUGUUGGGUAUGGUAAUAUGUGGUAUCCAGUUUGAAACGAAAAAAUAAGGUUCCACCAAGAAUGAAAUUGAACCACAAGAUUAAUACUGUGCGACCUUUUUAAAACUUUCUUUACCAUAGGGUCAGCCAGUCUGGUGGACCGUAACUUUGCAAAGACGAGGAUUUGUCAGCAAAAUUUGGAUCAUAAACAGGCUGGGGCGCUGCCUUGCAGAAAUGCCCAAACAUAAUGUCAUUUUGAGGAACAGCGUGGAAACCAAAAAAGCAAACUGUAAAGUUUACUCCUGGAAGGAUAGACAAAAGGCACUGAUGAUCUGUGAACCGUUGAUUUCUGCUUCAAAUGUAACUAUUUAUGAAGAUGGUGUAGACGAUUUAAGCCUGUGUGAGGUGAUGAUAACGGCAAUAGGUGAGAAAUGUAAACGUUUUCUCUUCCCGGUACUUAAUCUUAUCAUCCAACAAAUUCAAAACCCCGGGGCCCGGGUUUCAAAACCAAGAAAUCCAAAGAAACACUGCUAUAAAAUACCUCCAAAGUGCAAGUUUGAAACGCUAACCAUUUGGACGUGCUAUCACCCAUGUUGUGCAUCAGAAACGGGGUCUUGAUGUUGACUUUGAACCUUGCAAGACAAUUAAAGUGUUCAACCCUGACGUGAAGAAAUAAUAAUGCGCGUAUAAAAAAUUGCGACUCGUUUCUUAAACAUUGGUUCUAAAAAGCACGUCUUUGCUUCGCUUGGUAUUGACAAAUAUAUUCAACCAUUAUAAAAUAUAUAGAAAGCGAAGACAGUCUUCAUGGCGUUCUUCAAGAACUUUGGUACGAUAAUCCGUUCGCUGUGAGUCUGCAAGAUGACAGCAGCUUUCCAAGCAAUCCAAAUGUUGUGUAUAUUCUCCGACAGUUUGACGCUCCCUUCGAUUUCCAUACAAAUUACGGGCAACGACUUACAGCGUAUUUGCAGGUGCAUAACUCUUGUUAUUAUUUUUUCUCUAAAAUUGUUCUAAUAUAAUGUUGUAAAGAACAACGUGCACAAAAAUAGUUACAGACGUUCAACCAAGUAUCUUCUUUAAAGGAUUCGACUGAUAAUUUUUCAUUUUCUGUUUCUAGUUUCGCUCUCUGGGCAUGUGUGAGCAUUUUCCUAGCAGUUUCUUUACAUUAACCUAAAUAUCCCUUCCCCUUUAGUACUUACUUUUUCCCGUAAAAUGCAAAUCCUCUUUCGGGCACCCCUUAAUUGCGCAUUCGGUGACAGGGAGUAACCCUACUUCGCACGUCAAUUAUCUUACUUUUUUCCCUUUUUUUGUCUCGCGUAAGGUUUCUGAAAGCGGUAACUACACCUUCUUCGUCGCAUGUGAUGACACUUGCGAGCUUUGGUUACGCACAGAGAGAGAAGAACACGUUGAAAAAAUGGCGGACAACGAAGCAUCUGGCAAGCUACUUCUAAUAAAACUGGACCAUUGGACAUACCACAAUCAAUGGAACAAGUAAGACUACCAUGUUAUUUGAUGAAAAGGGUAUGUUAUCUUGGAAACUAAACCGCGCUUUAUGUUGUUUACACCGAAUUUUUAAACUGCCCUUUUAUCUACUUUAGACUGCGAUCCGUGCAUAGUAGUUGUAUAUGUACUGCGCGUGGAGAACAAAUACAUUGAUUGUGGCUAAAUUAAUAAGCAUCAUAUUUUGUUUUUACUUUUUUAAAAUUAGCCGUAUUACAAGUUAUAAAUCACAAACCGAGGGAAAGACCAGACUCAAUAUUUUUUGCUUGCAUUAACAUAACAAUUUGUAAAGGACAAGACAUAAUUAAGAACAAUACCUUUUCAUUGAUUUCGUGAUUUUCAUGCCUUGAACCUAGUUACUAGCAUAGUUACAAUGUUUAUCUGAUUUUCUAUUGGUUUUGUAAUGACAUAUUUCGGCGUCCCCACGCGGGUAUAAAAUCGCACGUUAGCGUCCUUUUGGUCAGGAAAGGUCAAGUAGGAUUCGCGUCGUGACAUCGUUUUGUGAUUUUGUCUUAACCUUUGGUACAAGCGGGACCGAUAUUUUACGGUCAAUCUUUGGCCUAUAGAUUUUGGUCUUUGGAAUUUGGAAUUAAAUCACCGUUAACCGUCACCGUUGGUUUUCCGUGGUUUUCUUGUUUGCCGACCCGUAAAAUAGUCCCUAACCUAACCUGCUGCGACACACCCCUCGAAGUUUCGUUUCUCGUUUGUUUGUUUGUUUGGGUCGUCGCCCCAGUCUUGUUUGCCGAUGGUUAUGAACAUUUGUUGAACAUUGCUUGAACUUUUGAAACCUUAUUUGAUGGUCUUAUGAGUGUCUUUAGCGUCACACACCUUCGUAACUAUACACCGACACCUACCCGAGGUAAUGCGCCGAAACAAACACAUCCGGCGUCAAAGAGCGUAACAAGCUUCACAUCUUCCAUUUCGAAAACUGAAGCUCCUCGUACAAGAAAAAUGACGGGAAAAGGAAAAGCUUACCAAUUAGGGAUUAAACAAGCUAACCUUGAUUGUGCGCUUGCGAGACUGAAAAAGCAGAUAGAGAAGAUCAAUCUAAUGCGUGACUUACCUGAGACAAAAAUUGAACAAUUAGCCUCAGAGAGGGAUUAUUUAGAUCGCUUGAAAGAUGAGUUUAAUGACGCGCAAAAGGCGUACGAUGAUUUGUUGGAAUCGCCAGAAGAAAAAGACGCCUCCUACCAGUGGUUCGAUAUUCGUGAUCGAGAGUUUACUGAAUGUAGGAUAAGAAUUUGUGAGCGCAUUCAGGCACUGGAGAAAAUAUCCACUCGACCUCCAUCUGAGAAGUCCGGGCACAGUGGGAAGUCGUCUGUCCGGUCUUCUCGAUCUUCCUCGUCUCAUCGAAUUUCUCUUGCCUUAGUCGAUGCAGCCGCUGAAGCAGCGAAGCUACGAGCCGAAAUGGAACUUUUCGAUAAAGAAAGAGAAAUAAGGCGCUUGCAACUUGAAAAGGAAAUAGCAAUUGCGAAUGCCGAAGAGGACGCAAUUAAAUAAAAUAAUAGAUGGAGACAAACUAUCUAUUAAGGAAGAAAACAAAAGCGUGAAACAAGAUCUCGAAUCAGGCACGGGUGCCGAAAAGUUUAUCAAAAAUGAGAGAGAUUUUCCUAUGGACCCGAACGUUCCUCCCUUCGUCCCAAGUAACUUACCAGAGUCUCCCGAGAUUCUGCGACCAGAACCGUUUUUCUCAUCCUCGCAGUACGUUAGUCCGGAUAUCAGUGCUACCAUGCGCGAAAUAGUUAACCUUCAAGCAAAACAAGCAGAGUUAAGUUCGAUGAUGAUAAAUCAGCAGAAGACUACCCACCUUCCAGUAAAGGAGCCGCCCAUCUUUUCCGGAGAUCCAUUUGAGUAUCCAGCGUUUAUAACAGCUUUUGACUCCAUCGUUUCCGCUAAUGUGCCCUCGGACAGAGAUCGUCUCUUCUUUCUAGACAAGUACACUAAAGAUAAGGCGAACGAAGUUGCGAAAGGAUUUCUAGCUAUGAGCUCGGACAGCGCUUGCAAAGAAGCCCGGAAAUUGCUUGACCACCGUUUUGGCAAUCCAGUGCAUGUGGCACAAGCGUAUAAGUCUAGCCUUGGAAAAUGGCCGCAGAUCAGUGACGGAAACAGUAGUGGUCUCCUAGAGUUCUCUGACUUUCUUGUGCGAUGUGAGGAAGCGAUGAAAACAAUGAAUUCUAUGGGAGAUCUUGACUCAACACAAACACUCCUUCAAAUCAGUGCUAAGCUUCCUUCCUAUUCUGGCGUUAAGUGGUGUAGGCAAGCCCAUGAAGCACAAACGAAAACAAAGAAGAUUAUCACCUUUAGCGACUUCGUAAAGUUCGUUAAGGAAGAAGCAGAACUAGCGAACGACCCUAUUUUCUCACCAGACGCACUAAAGAAGGAAAGAAAUAAGACGGUGACAGUAAACCAACCGAGGUUCGGACGGAAAAUUAGACCAAAGAGCAAAGGCGUCGACGGAGCUAGCGGAAAGUCUCUUGCGACCGGUGGCUCGCACAAGGAAUCAAAAAUUGCCAGUGAGAAAUCGUACCAGCCCUGUCCUCUCUGCGAAGGCCAGCACUUACUCGUUAAAUGCAGCAGUUUCUUGAAGAAGUCAGUAAACCAGCGCAGUGAUGUCAUUCGUGAAAUGGGACUUUGUUACGGCUGCUUUAAAAGGGGUCACAUGUCAGCGGGUUGUCGUGACAGAUUCACUUGCGAAGAAAACGGAAGGCGCCAUCACACACUCCUCCAUGGAGUAAAACCCAAAUCCAGCAACCCACAGCCACACACGAAAGAAGAAUUGAGCGUUCUUCAACCGAAGAAGAAUGAGCCUCAAAGGAAGCCAGUAGUGAAAGCAAGCCAGCUCCCGAAUCAUCAAAUUCAAACGCGAUUAGCGCGGCACACAGCUCAGUCCCAGGCAAUGCAAGCUUAAUCACCAAUUGUCGAAUAGUCUUGGUCGAUCUGUUUCACAAGGCUAAUCCCGAAAAGCAAAUAAAGGUGUACGCACUCUUAGACGAUGCAAGUGACACGACCUUCGUUACCACCCAAGUGCAAGACAAACUCGGCAUAGAAGGUGUCCAAACCAGUUUGAACCUUAGUACCAUGCUUUGUCGUGAAGUGUUAGAAGUAGAAAGAAUCGAUGGUCUAAUGGUACAAGGACUUGACGGACGUGUCCAAGUUGAGCUACCGAAGGCGUACGCUAGAGAAAGCAUUCCAUCCAGACGAGACCAAAUCCCGACACCGGAGGUUGCGGAUAAGUGGCCACACCUUCAGAAAAUACGCGAUAAGAUCCCGCCCUACGAAAAGGACGCAGAAAUUGGCUUGUUGAUUGGUUGUAACUGUCCCAAGGCAAUCAAACCAAAAGAGGUUAUAAAUGGCGCGAGGGAAAAUCCUUAUGCAGUUCGCACUUUGUUAGGAUGGUCUAUCGUGGGACCUGUCGCGACCUCGCACAGCUGUUUAGAAGACCACUCCCUGAAUUCCACAUGCCAUCGCACCCUAGCGAGAGAGAGAGUACCCGGAGAUCGUGAGAGCCGAUUGAGUUUCGUGCUUAAAGGAAAAACAAAGGAGUUGAUAAAUCCAACUGCGAUCAAUCAGAUGUUCGAACUAGAUUUCUCAGAUCACAAAAACAGCGGAAGGCAUGGUUUGUCUAAAGAGGAUAGACGAUUUCUGGAAAUAGUCGAGCAGGGAAUUCAUCAGUGCAAAGACGGCCAUUACGAACUUCCGUUGCCAUUGAAAACCGAGCCCAUCGAACUGCCUAAUAAUAGAGAGACAGCUCUCCGCCGACUUGAUCAGCUGAAACGAAGAUUUCAAGCUCCAAAGGGACAGAAAUACAGAGAGGACUAUGUAAACUUUAUGAAAACCAUCAUUGAAAAUGGCUAUGCAGAGAAGGUACCAAACAUAGGCAAGUCGGAAAGGAGCAAUGUCUGGUAUAUCUCGCACCACGGCGUCUACCAUCCAAAGAAACCAAAUAAAAUUCGCGUAGUUUUUGACUGCGAAGAGGAACAUAGAGGCGAAUCUUUAAACAAGCACCUGCUUCAAGGCCCUGACUUGACAAACAACUGGACCGGGGUACUAUGCCGCUUUCGAGAAGAAUCCAUCGCCUUUAUGUGCGACAUAGAAGCCAUGUUUCACCAAGUCAGAGUAGACGAAAGCCACAGAGAUUUACUUCGAUUCCUCUGGUGUGAGGACGGUGACGUCACUAGAAAACCAGAAGAAUAUAGAAUGGCCGUUCAUUUGUUUGGAGCCACUUCAUCGCCGGGGUGUGCGAAUUUUGCUUUGAAGUCAACUGCGAAUGACUAUGAGAGUGAAUUUGGUGUUGCUGCCGCAGAUUGUCUUCGAAACGACUUGUACGUUGAUGACGGUCUCAAGUCUGUUCCCUCAAUCGAUGAAGCUGUAACGCUCAUUUCAGAUGUGAAGCAAAUGUGCAAGAGUGGAGGUUUCAACCUUCAUAAAUUCGUGUCGAAUAGUAAAGACGUCAUCAGAAGAAUACCAGAGUCAGAUAAAGCAGAUGGCGUUAAAGAGCUCGAUUUGGACCUCGAUUCGCUUCCCUUAGAACGUGCUCUUGGUGUGCAGUGGUGUAUUGAGUCUGACUGCUUUCAGUUUAACAUCGUCUUACAAGACAAGCCGUGCACUAGAAGAGGAAUACUUUCUACGAUAAGUUCGAUUUUUGACCCUCUUGGCUUCGUUGCUCCGCUCUUGUUAGACGGGAAGUCAAUACUUCAAGAGUUAUGCCGCCUUGAUGUAAGCUGGGAUGACCCGAUACCUGACAAUAUAAAGAUCAAGUGGGAGAAGUGGAAAGCAGACCUGUUAAAUUUGAAGCAAAUUUCAAUUUCGAGAUGUUACAAGCCCGAAAACUUUGGUCCUGUUGUGCGCACUGAACUCCACCACUUCUCAGACGCAAGCGUAAAGGGCUACGGUCAGUGUAGUUACGUGAGAAUGAUUGAUGAGCAGCAAAGGAUCCACUGUACCUUAGUCAUGGGAAAAUCGAGAGUUGCCCCCCUGAAACCUGUAACCGUACCGAGAUUGGAACUCACCGCCGCUGUUUGCUCUGUGAGGAUUAGCCAGCAGUUGCGUCGGGAAUUGAGUUAUCACAUUGACCAAGAGUACUUUUGGACAGAUAGCAAAGUGGUCCUUGGAUACAUAAGCAAUGAAAGUAGGCGAUUUCAUGUAUUCGUGGCUAACAGAGUUCAAGAAAUUCAAAAUAGCACUUCAGUUGAACAGUGGAACCACGUCGAAUCAAAACAGAACCCUGCAGAUGAGGCUUCGCGAGGUGUUACAGGAGUUGUUACAUUCUCGGUGGAUCAACGGACCUGCCUUUCUUUGGAAGAAUGAAGACCAGUGGCCAAUAAAACAGGAUCACAGUGAAGGUACCUUUGAUCUCCAGAAUAACGACCCCGAAGUCAAGAAACAUGUUACCAUGGUAACCACACAAAUCGUCAAAGUAGAUUCAGAGAAAACAAGCCUUUGUGAGAGAGUGAAGUACUUCUCUGACUGGUAUCGCGCGAAACGAGCAAUUGCUAUGUGUAUACGUUACAUAAGAAGUUUAAGAGCACGAGUACAGAAGAAGCAAUGUAAAGAAGAAUUGACAGAAGUAAAAGUCACUGAUUUAGAGAGCGCAGAACGCGCUAUCAUUCGUGAAGUACAGACAAGUGCAUUCAAGGAGGAGUUGGACUUCUUGAAGCAGAUAAAGCGGAAGAAUCCGGACCCUAACAGCAGAGUCUUUGCGCAGCAGAGGAAAUCUAACAUAAAGACUUACAGCUCACUGUACAAGCUCGAUCCUUUUGUUGAUGAAGAUGGAAUUUUGCGAGUCGGUGGACGUCUCCGACGUGCAAGUCUGUCAGAUGACAUGACGUUUCCCAUCAUACUACCAAGAAAUAGCCACGUUACCAAGCUCAUUGUCAGGUAUUUUCACGAACGCACAAGUCACCAAGGCAAGACCAUGACGAUGAAUGAAGUACGAUCGAAUGGAUUUUGGAUAAUAAGUGGUUCAGUUGUAGUCAGUAGCAUAAUCUCGUCCUGUGUCAAGUGCAAGAAACUACGUGGGGCGGUUCAAGAACAAAGAAUGUCAGACCUCCCAGAAGACCGUUUAGAGACUGCCCCUCCCUUUACCUACUGCGCCGUCGACUAUUUUGGUCCCUUUAUCGUUAAAGAUGGCCGGAAGGAGCUGAAGCGUUAUGGCGUUUUGUUCACUUGUAUGGCUCCGAGGGCUAUACACCUUGAAACAUCUAACUCCCUCGACACAGAUUCAUUUAUCAACGCCCUUAGACGAUUUAUCAGUCGGCGAGGACCCAUCCGCCAGCUAGGAAGUGACCAGGGAACCAACUUUGUAGGAGCUCGUAAAGAACUUGCACAAGCGUUAAGUGAAAUGGACCAAGAAAGAAUUAAAGCAAAGCUAUUAGAAGAGCAGUGCGAUUGGUUUUCCUUCAAAAUGAAUGUCCCAGCAGCGAGUCACAUGGGAGGUGUGUGGGAACGCCAAAUAAGAACCGUUCGGAGUGUUCUCUCAUUGCUAUUAAACAAUCACGGGCGACAAUAAUAGACGACGAGUCUCUUAGGACUCUGAUGUGUGAAGCAGAAGCGAUUGUUAACAGCCGACCCUUGACAGUAAACCAGAUUUCAGACCCAGAUUCUCCAAGUCCUUUGACCCCGAGCCAGCUGCUAACGAUGAAGUCAAAAGUUGUUCUUGCCCCACCAGGUGUCUUUCAGCCAGCAGACGUAUAUUGCAGGAAGCGUUGGAGGCGAGUCCAACAUUUAGCGAACGAGUUUUGGUCACGCUGGAGAAAAGAGUUCCUGCUUAGUUUACAAGAACGUCGGAAGUGGACACGCCCAAGCAGAGAUUUGCAAGUAGAUGAUGUUGUAAUCAUGAAGGAUGAGAGCCUACCUCGUAAUGCUUGGCCGUUAGCACGUGUAUCAGUUGUUUACCCUAGUGCGGAUGGGCAAGUACGUAAAGUCCAGGUAGCUCUUGCGGAUAGCUGCCUCGAUUCCAAGGGAAAGAGAACUGGUCAAUUACGGUACUUUGACCGACCGAUCCACAAGCUGGUACUACUGAUGCAAGUUGAGAAUUAAGUGAGAUCCGGGGUAAUUCCCCGCCGAGGAGCCUUGAACAUUGAACUGAACUUUGAAAGGAAAACAUGAUUAUAUGAACAUUAAGUUGAUUAUUUAGUUGAUUUAGUGAAAUAAUAAUAUGAUUAUUUCAGGGGAGCCAUGUAAAGGACAAGACAUAAGAACAAUACCUUUUCAUUGAUUUUGUGAUUUUCAUGCUUUGAACCUAGUUACUAGCAUAGUUACAAUGUUUAUCUGAUUUUCUAUUGGUUUUGUAAUGACAUAUUUCGGCGUCCCCACGCGGGUAUAAAAUCGCACGUUAGCGUCCUUUUGGUCAGGAAAAGUCAAGUAGGAUUCGCGUCGUGACAUCGUUUUGUGAUUUUGUCUUAACCUUUGGCACAAGCGGGACCGAUAUUUUUACGGUCAAUCUUUGGCCUAUAGAUUUUGGUCUUUGGAAUUUAGAAUUAAAUCACCGUUAACCGUCACCGUGGGUUUUCCGUGGUUUUCUUGUUUGUCGACCCGUAAAAUAGUCCCUAGCCUAACCUGCUGCGACACACCCCUCGAAGUUUCGUUUCUCGUUUGUUUGUUUGUUUGUUUGGGUCGCCGCCAGCCACACAACUUUUUUACUGUUGAAUUUGGGUCCCUAGGACCGAUGAUGUUUCCCAGAUAUCCCAAAACCAUUGGCUCAUGAGCUUAUGAACUUCCAUGUGUUUUAAGGUGACUCGAUACAGAUUUUCAGGGUCAAUACCUCCCAAGUUUGAGCAUAAACUACGUCGCCAUAAACGAAGAUUUGGAAAAAUUGACACUUCAUCUGUAUUAGAUAUGAUCAGGGUUGUAACGACAUCGGAGUUGUCAUAGCAACGAAAUGACGCUAUUACCUAUUUUACUUGCAGCAGUAUAUCUCGGCACUAGGAACUGUUCCUCCAAAUUGUUCACGGGAGCUUUUUCCUCCAAUAGCGGCCUCGAUGUUCGUGAAGUUUAAGCGAAAUAAAUCUGUAAGAGCGUUAUCGAGAUAUUGUGGGAUGAAGUUUUUCAUGGUUAGAAACAGUAACAAAUGGACAAUCUUGAUAUCAUGUUUGGCCGUUAUCUGUAGAAAACAAAGCGCUUUUCACAUGCAAUUUCACCUCGUAGUAGUUUCAAUCUUUUUGAAAAGGUGUGUAAAAGAUCAUGGAGAUAGCUCCAACGGAUUGCUAGAAAGAAGGAUUUGAUUAGUAUUUAUCGAAGCGCUCUUGUUAGCGGUUUUGUAACAUUUUGGUCUUCUUUAACAAAUUAGCGAAUAAUUUUUGAACUGCUCGAUAGAUUUUUUUAAAAUUUUAAGGUUCUUGAGAUUAAUCUUCCUUUUAUAUGACCUUUUAGUUUCAAGAUUAUUGAUAUAUUGUAAGGCAAUAAAAUAAGGGCUACAAUUCGUUAAUUUUUUAUCAGAACUCAUGAGGACCCGCAUAUGACUUUGUUUUGCACACCACAUGACGCCGGCUUUGUUAAGGACGCUAGGUUUUGAAUGACCGGCAAUAAACUUCCUCCUGCGAAAAGCAAUUAGGUUCUUCACCGUUUGGUUCUAAUGAACAGUGGCCAGUUAUUCGAUAAGGGGUCACAUUUUUUAACAAGAUUAAGGCGGCAUCUGGAGAGAAGAGAUUACAGAGACUUUCGUUCUCAGCUCACGAGUUAUCCAGAUAAUCGCGCGUGGCCUACGACUCAAGUGUUGUCUCUGGUAUUUACCAGUAUUGAAAUAUAGCGUAGUUCCAUAUUAUAUUGAAUGUAUUGAAGGUCGUGGAACUCAAAUAGAAUCGGAAGAAUGUUGCUAGAUAAAAGCGUUGAUUCAAAAUGUUUAUUAUGUAAAACCCGCGGUCCGUGAACACACAGCAUAUUACUCAUCGUAAAGGAAAGAUGGAUGCCAAACCAAAUUGAAAUCAUUGAUCUCCGAGGCUUUGUGUGUGCACAUUCAACGAAUUUUUUGGUGUGAACUUGCUAAACUGCAGUUUCCGCAGUGAAUCGCUUGUCACACACGCGUCACGCACUCGUUGGUGCGUUGUGUUCGUAUUUAUGGCAUCUCUCUGAUAGAAUCUUGUACAUUCAACGCACUACGGUUAAAAAUUUAACCAAAACAAUGGAAAUAAUAAUUGACUUUUUCUUUAUAUGGAAGUAGCGUGAUAUUACGAUGUGACCUCUGAUCGAAUAAAGCCAGCAUUGCAUUCUUGAGAUGAUCGUAAAGGACAGUGUGUGCGUCUGGGUAGGUUUAGAUGACAUUACGAAAAGAAGACGGUCUCCCUAUGCCUUCAAAAUGUUUCUGAGCCAAAAGAUAUUACGAUAAACGUGUAACUGGUAUUAUUCAUCGACAGUCUGGUAGGCAUUUUGAUGUCGAAAACGUUGAUCUUCCAAUCCGACUGCAUUUGUUUGGUGACUAUUAUGCAUGAUCUGCUGUUAAUAAUGUAAAGCGUGUGCAAACGAGCUACACAAAAAAAUUCUGUUAUUUAAUGACGGGUUUGCGGAAUACUAUUGCUAGAAGUAACUUGGCCUAAAUUCCUAAAGAUGUCAAAGUAGCGGCAGAAAACACAGAGACCAAGCGAUCGAAUGGAUUCGGUCGAAUAGUGAAAUCGCCAUCCAGCCAAAACGUGUCCAAAGCCCGCCAAAAAUUAUCAAAUAUCGCCGGUGCCGCUAUUUUUAAGAGUUAAAACUCUUUAUCCAGUCAAGAAAAAGCUAUGUAUUGCAGGAUUUUAGAAAAUUAGGUAGGGGAAUGGAAAUCAUUGUUAAGGGAGCCUUUUGAUGAAUAGCUGCUUUCGGGGAAAAAGGUGAGUUUCAUUUUUGCUAUUAGUCAGUUCUUAAGGUUCAUGCGAGAGGACUGUAUGGAAAUUAAGAACAAGGAAUGGAACGCCGGAGAAAAGCCUAAAGAGAAAUCACUAAGAAGCACCUUAACAUGUUUCAAGGGUGACUAUUAAAAAAAACGUUACUGUUAAGUGCGGCGAGUUUUAUUUUAAUGCUGUGGUGUUCUAAACUCCUAAAUGCGAUGAUUUUUAAAGUAACAGAAACACUAGGUGGCGCGCCCGUGAUUCUGUGAGUUAGACGCCACGGUAUUAUGAAAUCACUUGCGCACAAAGAGGAAAAUUAAGAGUUAAUAUGUCUGAUAUAUUUUAGCUAAAGGAAACGAGUUUCAUUGUAAUGCCAUGGUGUUCUAAACUCCUAAAUGCGAUUUUUAAAGCAACAGAAACACUAGGUGGCACGCCCAUGAUUCUGUGCGUUAGACACCACGGUAUUAUGAAAUUACUUGUGCACCGAGUGGAAAAUUUAAAGGUUAAGAGCAGUUGUCUGUAAGAUUCGAGCUAUAUUAGAAAGGCGCUGCCACACUAUCUCACCGAAUUGGCUAAAAAUUGGCAUGUAGACUUGAUUUGAGGUCUUUAAUAAGGAAUAGGUAACUUUAGGUUCUAAUUCCUCCUACUUCGGAAAUUAUCGACAUGGCCGGUUUUUGGGUGCCUCGGACCGGCGCCAUAUUGGUUAAUAGAAGCUGCUUUUGAGCCUUCGACUACAACCCUGUCUUCAAAGCCAAUCUUCCUUUGCCAAUACAGAUUGAAAGAACAAUCCCUCUUUAUUGUAUUUUUAGAAACUACUUCGAAAUUGAUAACGUUUUCGCAACGAUCGAUUAAACUUUUGGUGGGUAUACUUUUUGAAUUUUUUACACCCGCAAAAUUAACAGAAUUUUAAAGGCGUAUAUCUGUUUUGCCACAUCGCAUUGAAGCAUACCAAUCUGCCUGAAUACUCACUGUUUGUGGUUAAAUCGAGUUCAUUAAUAAAAAAAUUGGGCAAAUUUAACGGAGCAGAAACAAAAGUAAUGAAUGGAAGACUGUUCUAGCGACUUGUCAAUAAUCUGUACACCGAAUACUCGCCAGGUGUUGCCAAAAUUACAAUCGAUAAUAGAGUUUCUGUCAUUAAAUCUGAGUGAUCUGUGUAAUAAAAUUAGCCUCUGUAAUAUAAUCGAUAACUCUGCUGCGAAAAACAGUAUUAAAAAAGGCAGAUUGUAUAAGGAAAAGGAAAAUGAAUUUGUUAUGUUUAUGCUAUGACGCGUUAACAAACUUCAACCAUCACAGUCGAACAGGAAUUUUCCUGAUUUUCCUCCAGUUCCUUUACCGAAACCAGAGCUUUUAAAAUUAACCAUAGUAAUGAAAACUGAGAUGUAUUACCUUACUCGACGACAAAGUUGCCAGUUUCCACCUUGAUCGAAAAAAAGUAAUAUUUUCCCACGCAUAUCGCGGGUCGUCACGUUCCUUGCCUGGCGUUACAACUCACGUGAAACCGCCUGGUUUCAAACAACUGAACUGAAGAAUCCGUGAAAAUCUUAGCCAGGCAAUAAAUAGUGGAAGUUGAUAUAAGUUACCAUUAUUAGUGAGCGAGGAUCGAUGCGAUGAUAGUUCCAGCUACAUGUGUUUACAGCGUUUGAAGAUUCACUCAAAGCUCAUGAGACAUGAGCCCUUGAAAUAAACAUCAUUACUUCCGGUUUUAAAAAUUGGGCGUUGGCAAAGUAAUGAAUAGACUCAUUCUACCUUGUACACCGUUAACAACGGUUCCGUGUACAAUUUUCAGGUAUUUUGUCUCAAUCACGAAGCCCGUUUUGAGGAGAUUCUUGAUAAACAGAAAAAUUGGUUUGGAAGGGGUUAAGAAGAAUGAGGGAUGAGCCCGGGACAGCAAAAACCACAGUCACCCCACCGAAGGGUUUUAAAACUGUGCGCAAAUGCCUCACCCUAGGGACAAUUCCAGAUUUUUGUUUCCUUGAAAAAGCUUAAAAUCGCUAGACAAUGCAUGGACAACUCAAGACAGUCCUAAUUCAAAAUAAAGUAAACAGCAAAGAAAAUUCAGUUAGAGACCAGAGGGUUUAUCCGAUAUCGCGAACAAUAAGGAGUGAUUGAAGAUGUGUCUGCAGUUUAAGGUAAAAUCAUUUACCAUGCUCACGGACCUUUCGACAUCAUAAGUGUACCGAUUGACGUAAUAUCAGUGGUAAAAAACGAACGCUUUUUACUGUAGAACGAUGACGUCAUCAUACAAAAGGCGUCUUCACUCUGGCAUCCAGAAUUUCAAACAGUCAAAACCUAAUUUUCUCUGCUCGUCAACUGAAAAACGCCUCUGAGGGCAAGUAGUGGUAAUGUGCUUGUUAGUAAGACGUCCAACAUAAGGAGACAUUCAUAAUCAGCUCGGUUAAUGAAUUGAUAUAGGGAAACUUUCCCCUUUACCCUUAGGGACAGAGUUCAAAGGCGCAGAAGAUUUUUAGUUCAGCUCUAGCAUGCGUUGUCUAGCGAUUUGCCUUGAGCUUCUCUAAAUUUUCCAGAUCAAACAAGCUGUGCCCAUCGUACAUAAUCUUGUCUGGGCUCCCUUGAAAAAUUGCACUUCAUCAGAUGCCUUCAAGUUCAUCCUCCGCCGCGACAACUUCGUGAUCUAUUUUAAUGGGUGGUUUUCUGGAACUAUCCUAUGGCUUUCUGGUCGUCACUAUAUUAGCGAACAUGUUUCAAUUUCUCUCCAGCAAAAGUCUCUAUCAGGAGCGUAGCCAGGACUUUCCAGGUGUGCGGAAAAUUUCAAAAACUUACCCUAACAUCUUACUCAGUUCUCUCGCAACGUUUCCCCACUACAUUUGCUAACUCUGUUAACUAGGUGAAGUUAUGCUUGGAUGAAAUGGCACUUGCAAUCGGUGAGAAAAUUAGGUUAGACACUUUACCCUCAAGGACGACUCUCACGUUUUGCUGACACUUUCUACCUUAGAAGAGAUAAGUCAAGCUUUGCCUUCCCCACUCCGUGUAAAAAAAUGUCGUUCGGCUGUUCAAACUACUUUUAGAAAACAACAAACUUCCCAACUUUAAUUUUUAAUAAAGGUAUAAGGGUAGGAAUCCAAAUUGUUUUGGAGUAUUUCACUGAUUUUAACACGAUGAUUGUAAAGUAGUGUCUAGUGAGUACGGGGGCUAAUGCCCCAUCGUAAAAAUCUGAAAUUGAAAACAAAAAUCUUGUAUAACCGAGUAGUACACAAUUUUAGUUAUUUUAUUGAGUUGUUAAAAAUCACAAAUUUGUUUCUUCUUGAAUGUGUUAUACUCUCAUAUCUUUUCGAUAUGCCCGUCGGAUAGCGGAAGUUAUCGUAAAUGAUCGAUUACCUGAAAAGAAGCUACCAUCCUAACUUUCCACCUUCGGGUCUUUUCCUUAGCCAUAAUUUUUUUCCCUCAAGGAAUUUUUCUCUGUUUUACAUAAUAAUUGGUCUUGCAUUCAGCUUGUCGAUUUUGAGAGCCUAGUCCUAUGCCGUAUUCUGAUGCGAUCUAUACUUUAUGUAGCUUUCCCCCAUCUAACAGCUCCUUACUGAACGAAAACGGCUUUAAUUGAGUCUAUUCAAAGAACUAGCCAAUAUUUUUCCAGCGGUAAGCACAAUGUUUCUAAUUCCCCCUAGUCCCCUUCUUAGACGCUUUCAUGUGCAUCAGGUGUUAAAUUUUCUUUUCAUAAGCUACAAUGCUCAUAAUCGCGCAUUCUGAUGUCAUUUAUGCUUAAAAAAUUAAAAAUUAGUUUAUCGAAGAAAGAGUGAAUUAAAGGUGUCAUGAGGCGUUUGUGAUUUCAUGAACUAUUUGACGCGGUUCUUUUCUUACGGCUUAUGUCCGUUGGUGAAAUCGCUACUCGGGUUUUCUUGGAUUGAAAAGGGCGGGCUCUUUCUAAACGUGGCGUUGUUUAUGGGACCUUAGUAUUCAGAACAGAAUCAGUCGAUGGCAAACAACGAAAAGGCUUUUAUGUGGUAAGUUACAGUGAUCAGUGAGUGAUGAACCUUGCCUCGAGAUGGUCAUAUUUUUGUACAUACCUUCAUGCAAUUCAGUGUUGGUCUGAAAAUUUUUUGUUAUGGAUGGGGGAAGGGUGGGGGGGGGAGAGAUCAGAACAUGUACCUCGUGUUGUUUACGAGACAUUAAAGUAAUGAAAACUGUUAAACAGUCUUCUACAAAUCAGAAUAGUCGCAAAUGCUUACGGGAGGCCCUAACUAUAUGAUGAUUAGAAGGGCUAUAUUUGGAAAGUGCAUGGUCGUGGAGUUAAGGAGAUUUGACUAAUCAACCAAUUUCCCGCUAAACAUAAGGGCGUGGCCAGUGGCCCCAAAAUUGUGCUCGCUCGCCCCGGGCUGGCUCGACUUUUGGGAUACGGUUAUGGGGUUAUAAACAACGAGUUCAUCAUCUAUAUAGCCUACUCGCUCCAAAGUGACUGCAUUUCGCUUUUCAGAGACCCAUUAGUUACUGUAUGACCCUCUCCGAUCAGAUUUUAUGUCCGUGGUACUGGUGGUGAGGUCAGUCUACAAGCUGAGUCGUGAAAAACACCGCCACUUGAGCCUUUACGUUCAAACAUUCCUGGCUAUCGGGAAAAAAAGAAGGAGCUUUUAAAAAUACAAAAUAAAAUGUCAUUUCAAAUUUCACUUUGUCACCGUUCGAAAAUUAUUGUGAAUCAGACCGAAUGAAAGUUCACUCAAAGAGGGGGAGGGGGGAGGGGGGUUGGUAGUUCUUAACAGUUCCAGUUAGCUAGAAAAUUAAAAGUUACGAAAAAAUAGAGGGCGAACUGCAGAAUACAUGCAAGAAUGAGAAAGAAAAUAGAAAACGACUUCCUGUUCAAAUUCGGGUGAAACGUUUAAUAGCGACAAGAAGACUGAACUUGAUUGAGGUUGUUCAUGUCAGUUCCGUUCCAGCGUGCAGUUCCUUGUCCUCCUAAAAAUAGCUUCGUCUCCCACCGAUCAUUCCAUGUCAUAUUUUGCGGACUUAUUAUUCAGUAAUGACGGUACGAUCAGGUAAUUUGACUUGAUGAGUUCUUUAAUUUCAUUUCAUGUACUAGUUUUAUAUCUUACGCUGGAAAGAUCUGCCAAACAGUGUACAUUAGCAAAGGUAGGUUCCUGUUUACACGUGUAAUUAUCGAAUACCAUACAAUUUGCAGAAAGCUACAGUGCACGGUUUGUUUUUCUAGCCUUUUGAUUAAAAUUGACAACGUUUGCGUUAUCUUUGCCUAAGAAAAUAUGUAAUUUGUAGCUGUAUACAGCGAAAUACUACAGAGAAAAUUGUAACUGUGCAGUACACGAGCGGCUCCCGAUUGGUCUGGGAAAUCGAAGAGCGAACUUGAGCUAGUACCGUGUGUAACAAAAUUUAUAAUUUUCAUUUUAGCGCAUAUUUAAAGCUCUUCGCAAGAUCAGAAUCAAAAGAUCAUCUGUUUACAUUACAAGGGGGGUUUUUUUAAGCGAUAGAUAGGGUUUAAGAGGCACGAUCAAUUUUUAAAGAAUUUUCUUUUCAAAUAUUCACCGAAUUUUGUUUUGAAGUUUUAGCGGCCAAGUGGCUGAACCACUGCGCAUUCAUGCAAUCAUAUUUCUGUUCCGUUGCAUUUGCCCAAUUAUUUUAUUCAACAAUCUAACUUAGCUAUAAACAAACUAUGUUUAGUUAAAAUGGCUUAGUCUAAAUCGAUGUGGCAUGGGUGAUAUUGGCCUUCCAAUUUCUACCAAAUUCGUGUACCUUUAAAGUACCGAAAAAGUGCUGUGAGAAGUUAUAGCCGUUCGUAGCUCAGGCUUAACCAUUUUCAGAUAAGAGUAGGUAAAUGAAAGGAGGAAGGAUAGUUCUUUGCAACUGUAUGAGUCACGAUUAAGUUAUUUUAAUGAUAAGGCUAGAAUUAAUUACUGUAAAUCUCCUUCAGUUCACCAACAUGGCGGCCGCUCGAGGCCUCGUCAAAACUGUCAUUCCUGUAUCUUUGAAACCAACGAGAAUUCGAACCUUAGAAUAUGCAUUCAGUAUUUAGGACACCAUUCUAAGACUACAUGCCAAAAAUCAGCCAAAUCGAUGAGGUACCGUGUCAGGCCGAAGUUCGAAUUUUACAGAAAAUCACUCUUAAUAUGUUUUAGCUUGGGUAAACGAGUUUUAUUGAAAUGCCAUGGUGUUCUUAACUCCUAAAUGCGAUUUUUAAAGCAACAGAAACACUAGGUGGCACGCCCAUGAUUCUGUACGUUAGACACCACGGUAUUGCGAAAUUACUUGCGCACCGAGUGGAAAUUUAAAGGUUAAUAUGUUUUAGCUUGGGUAAACGAGUUUUAUUGUAAUGCCAUGGUGUUCAAAAUCCCUAAGUGCGAUUUUUAAAGUAACAGAAAAACUAGGUGGCACACCUGUGAUUCUGUGAGUUAGACACCACGGUAUUAUGAAAUUACUUGCGCACCGAGUGGAAAUUUAAAGGUUAAUAUGUUUUAGCUUGAGUAAGCGAGUUUUAUUGUAAUGCCAUAGUGUUCUAAAUUCCUAAGUGCGAUUUUUAAAGUAACAGAAACACCAGGUGGCACGCCCGUGAUUCUGUGAGUUAGACACCACGGUAUUAUUAAAUCACUUGUGCACAGAAGGAAUUAAGGGUUGAUAAAACUGAUAUCAUUGUUAUGACUUCAAGAAGCGAGUUUUAUUGUAAUGCCAUAGUUUUCUAAACUCCUAAGUGCGAUUUUUAAAGCAACAGAAACUCUAGGUGGCGCCCUUGAUUCUGUGAGUUAGUCACCACCGUAUUAUGAAAUUACUCGCGCACCAAGUGAAUAUUUAAAGGUUAAUAUGUUUAAGCUUGAGUAAGCGAGUUUUAUUGUAAUGCCAUGGUGUUCUAAACUCCCAAGUGCGAGUUUUAUCAUGCAACAGAAACACUACGUGGCACGCCCGUGAUUCUGUGAGUUUGACACCAAGGUAUUAUAAAAGCUAUAAAAGCUAUAUGUGUGUCUUAGAGUGUUUUUUAAUACGAAAUUUUCUUGUAGGAGACCCUCCGCCAAUUUUUUUUGUUGAAAAGAUUUGUCUUCUCGUUACAAAUAAAACAAGCGUAGCAAAAUUCCCAUUUCCGGCACUUUUAGUACGUCCUGGAAACUGGAAAGCACAGUACGUAACCGUUUAUUCGGAAGAAGGCUUUUCUUUUUCUUUUUGAUAUUUAUUUAGAACAAUAUUGUUGCGAUCCGUUCACGGAGAAUGUCUGCUAAUGCGGUUACAUUUCGAAAACAAUACUUUUGUGGUCUCGCGUUCUCCUCGCGCGCGGCCUUCUGCUUGGCACCUGGAGUUUGGUUUUGGUUUUACGUGGUAGUUACAAAGAAACGUUUCGGCGCGGCCCACACAAUUUAAAUAAAUUUAAGUAAAGUGGACCAGUGUUCUGAAGAUGCUGUGUUUGAAAAAACAUUUGUAAUUUUUAAAAUAAAAUCGAUGGUGCAUUUACGGAGGUUCCGGUUAACGUUUGGGGACAAAAGCAUAUUUUGAUUGUGUUAAUUGCGCCUGUCGGAAUAAAAUGUCAUAUGAAUUAGCGAGAUGACGUGCGAGUAAUAAGUUCCAGGGAUUUCUUAUGGUUCCCGACCUACGGUCCUGCACUAUGUUGUCAACACUUCCUUUGUUUUAUAUUGCGCAAUCGGUCAAUUCAGAUGACUGCUGUGUACGUUUCUAAGGCCACCUUAAUAUUUGACUAUAAGUUUUUUAUUGGUAACAUUAUCAUUCUUACCCACUGAUAUUUGUAAAUUUCUUUAGAUCUCCCUCUCAGCAAACAUCCAAAGAGAUCUGGUUGAGUAAAUGCCAAUCGUACUCUUUGGAGUUAUUAAUGAGGCAAUUUGUAGGAAAAGAUUGUGCAUCCGUUGGAAUGAAGCUACCAAAUGGGACAUUUAUAGGCCCAAUAACUGAGGAUCACUUAUUCUGGGUGAAGCCAGGUAAAUAAUUUCAUGUAGUUGAUACUACUGAACGAGGACACCUUUAGAAGCCGGAAAUUGUGCGUGUCUGCGCAUGUCUGCCAACGGAUUGUUUCUCUUAAACGGCGGUUUCUAGUUAAAUUUCCAGUGAACUCUACCUUUUUUUGUUCAGUUUUUGAUCUGUUUGACUGAAAUUUUGUAGUUCGGGUAUGGUGCGAAAAGUCUCUUCCCCCUGCACGAAUAAGCUGCCAAAGUUGUUUAUGGCCGUUAAAACAGAGCAUGACAAGUGGUACAAGGGACGUGGUUCCGCAAUGGCCGUUUAAAUAAUCCUAGUAGUUUAUGUCGUUUCUGAACACUCUUGUUACCGAUCGGAUAAAUGGAUAUCUUGACCGCAGUUCGUAGUUGUAAAACAUUGAUUUCUCUUCUGUUCGGAUUACGAAGGAUUCGCACUAUGCUUUAUUUUUAUAUACAAUUUGCAAUUCACACAGGUUUUGGAUACUUAGACUUUCAAAUAUCGUCUGUUCCUAAAAAGAUUACUCUCAAGACUGGCCAAAAACUUCUAAUUCAAGGUAUUUCUAGGUAGCUAUUUUCGCAUAACAGUAAUUACUCGUAUGUGAAAGUUGUAACUUAAUCGUAUCGCUAAUUUCCCUUUUUUUUGUUCUUGUAGCAAAACUUUUGUUUAGUGGUGGAAAACCAUUAACGUUAAUUUGGACAGUACAGCUACUAUACUUCUAAAUGCUAUACAUUAAAAGAGUAUCAAAAACUUUUUGUAACGAAAAGUUCCGGAUAAUACGUCCGCGUGUAUUGAUUAACCGGUUUACACUUUCGAGUAGUUUUCUCUUCUUUAACCGUAUAGCCAAUUACAAAUAUUGCUGCCGUGGAUUGUACUGUUCUGGAUGUCCAAUGCGCUUAUAUGUGAGCUUUGGUGAGCAAAGGAUUUUGGUUCAUAAGGACUUGCCAAUGGAUUGUCAGGAACGCUAUUUCAACACUAGUUUCGAUACCUUUCUACAAGAAGGAACGUACCAAAUUAAGGUAAGCAAUUUGAAUUUAUCGUAUUUGUUUUAUAUGAUAAAACAAACACGAGAUGUGGGCGUAUUGAAGAAUGUUAAGAGUAUCAUGGACGGAACAUAAAACCAAACAAGAAGUUUUAAAGGUGGCAGAUACCACAAGUUCAUCAUUACCAGCAAUAAUUAAUGAAAAGAAAAUGUCAGUAUUUUGAACACGUAAUAAGAGCGUGCGUGGUCGAUCCAAAAAUUGUUACUGGAAGACAAAAUUGCAGGGAAGAGAGGACGGGGGAGACCAAACGUUACCUGGAUGAAAAACAUCAAAGAAUGGUUAGGACACACCUAUAAUGGAUGUGUAAGAAUAUCUAGAGCUGAAGAUCGAAACAGCUAGAGAUCCAUGAUAGUCGACCCACUACUAGUAGAUAGUGGCACUUGAUCAGGGGCACCCAACGGCCCACUGUUUCCAAAUACGCCAGAAGUGUCUUAAAUGGUUUUCUCUGUGCUUUAGAAGCCUGAUUGGUUAAUUUGGAGUUAGAAGAAAAUUGGGGUCUAUAGUCGGACAAAAAGGGGCAACAUUUUUUAAAGGGCAGCAUUUUGUAUCACAUAGAUACUGUUACUAAGGACGCGAACCAAGUGAUGUUUUUAUUGGAUAUCUGGACUUCACCCAUUGCUGAGUUCAAAUGUCUAACUCUAAAUCUCUCGAGUGCAGUGCUUAACCCUAAAUCUCUCAAGUGCAAUGCAUAACCCUAACCUUGAGUUCAAAUGCUAACCCUAAAUCUCUCGACUGCAGUGCCUAACCCUACAUCUCUCGAGUGCAAUGCUUAACCCUAACCUUGAGUUCAUUUGUUUAACCCUAAUCAAGUAGAGUUUACUGCUAUCCCUAAUCUUGAGAUCAUUGCUAACCCUAAGUCGAGUAAAGGUAAUGCUUGAAGGAGUUACGGUUGAUUAACUAUGCUAAUGGAGGCGGGCAAGUUUAGACAAGCCCAGUGACGUCACUCAUUGAUUUACUGACUUAGUAUAAUUUGUUUCUAUUUUUAGACUAUGUCAUGCUUUCGUGAGUGGGCAAGAUUGUGCAUGCCCGCUAUAUCUAUUGUUCUGCAAUGUAUAAAAGGAAGGGCAACGUAAACACAAUGCAUUUGAUUACGAUACGUUGUACUGAUUAGAGCUCAUCAACCUACCCAACCAUCCAAGACUAUGUCCUACCUGUGGAAAAAAGAACAAAAACAGAUUUGACUUUUCAUGUCACAGAAAAUUUGGUGGAAAGAAAACAGAACCUGUUUCAUGUUGAUACUGUGAGUCAACAUUUAAAAGGAAAGACAAUAUGUUAAGUUAUAUCCGUAAGUUUCAUUCUGAAGGAGCCAACCGGAAAGCUGAAGAAAGCAUGGAACUUCUUCAUUCCAACAAGAUACCGCAUAUUGAUUCAUAACUUGGCAGUGCUGAGACUACCCGCGGUACGAAACGCAAAGCUGCUGAAGAGGAUACCAAAUAUGAUGUGAAAGUCCCUAAACCAGAGGCAGUUGAUCCAGUAACAGAGCCUACUGACGAAUACGCUGGUGGUCCAGAUCCACUCUAUGUAGCUGAUUUUAAAAAGUUACGACCAGCAAAGCGUUGGAAGGAAAAUGCAUUGGUUAAUCAAAAGUUCAUCAUAACGUAAACCAAAAAAGUUGACCAAGAGAAGCGCAGAUUUAAACUUUAGCGCCACACAUGCCUUGGCCGUUGCCAUGGACAAUCUGAUUAACGACCAACAAAUCCCCGAUGACUAUCUCACGACACUUCAAAAUGGCAGCAGAAAGCAUAGAAAAGAAGGACGAUUGAAGGGAGAGACUUGGAAAGUACCAGUCGGUGACUUUACAGAGAGAGCUCUCUGUACACAAGCAAUGUUGGAGAACCUAACUAGUGUGUGGACAGUUUAUUACCAACGAUGUGGGAUUUUCUGCAUUGAUUCUUUUCGCUCGCCCUGAAAUGAAAGGUGGUAAAAGGGCAGGCGGUGGUCCACGACAAAAAAUUUGGGAACACAUAGCCAAAGAAUCAAGAUGUGUGUGCGAGAUUAAAAAUAACGCUUCAACAGUCUAUGUCCUGGGCAGUUCAUGUCGAUGCUAUCAGCAUGAAGAUUAAUCAGAGAAUAGGCCUAAUUAGGAGAAUCAGGAAUCUAUUGCCGCUACAAGCUAGAGUUGCCUUGUGCAAUGCCCUAAUACUCCCUCUUUUUGGUUACGGAGACGUUAUAUGGGGGGACAAGAACAAUGACACCAUUAUGUCAGAAUUACAGAUUCUACAGAAUAAAGCUGCUAAAGUUAUGCUGGGGCAACCACCCCGAAGCUCGUCAACUGAAGCACUGAAGAGUCUAGAUCUGAAGUCACUGUCCACAAGAAGGUUUUUUCAUCGCUGCAUUGCAAUCCACAAGUGUCUUAUUGGAGAAACCGAUUUCAACUUUAAUUUUAUCAAAACUUAAGCUGUUCAUUCAUAUAAUACAAGACGCUCUAAUGAUAUUAGCUUACCCCUACCCAGAACAAACUGGGGUAAAGAAACUUUUAUUCUUCACGCCGCGAAAGACUGGAACAGCCUUCCAAAUGAUUUAAAAGAGUGUAAUAUUUUAUCUAUUUUUAAAUCCAAGUUAAAAACUUUUUUAAAAGAUCUCAGCUAAUUUUAAACCUUGAUAUUUUUUGUAUAAUCAAUUUUAAGAUUUUAAAUUUUGAAGUUUGUUUUACUUGUAAACAUAUUUUCCUUUUUUCGUAAUAAUUAAUUAAUUAGUUCGAUAAAUGCAUGAGGGCCUCACUGAAAACCGCCUUGGCGAGUUGGGCUCCCUCUAUAAAUAUUAUUAUUAUUCUUAUUGUUAUUAUUAUUAUUAUUAUAAAGAUGAUUGUGCUGUGCCCUUGCCAUAGUCACAAUGCGAGAAUAUUAAUAGCAAAGGACAAGCAGGUGAACAAAAUACCUUUGAAAAAAUUAAAAAAGAUCGGGGUAACAAUACCCAACAGUUGAAAGAAGCCAAGAAACUUCAUGCUGAAGCGGGCGUCCAUGAAGGACCUUGUGGCUUGGAGGAAAUUACAAAAUUCCAAGAGCACCUGGGUCCUCAAGGAUUUAGAAUUAUCGGUGUGAUUUUUAAAGGGGAUACAUUUCUGGAAGCUGAGAAAUUGAUUGCUCUGGUGAAAUCGGUGUACGUGGAUGAGAACGAUGAUGUGAAAGUGCACUACGGUGAGUUGUAUUCGAUACCAGAAUUCAUGAACCGAUCCUACUUUUGUGAUCGCUGCUGUAAAGGCUACUAUACUGAGGACAGCGCCCAUCAUAACUGUCAAGCUCAGAACUGCCCUGCCUGCAAAAAAAGUAAAUCCAAGGAUAAGGAUGGAUGCCAAGAUUUUAAAUUAUGGGCGAAACCAGAUCGAAGUUGUAUCAGGUGCAGACGCGAAGAUUGCUUGGUCUAUCAUCUCGUACAACAUGAGACAGAAGACCCAGCCCUAAAACGAGCGAAACAAAAAUGGGAAAAAGAGUAUAGGGAGGAACUUCCUUCUAUAGUUGAAUUGAAAAGUGUUUGUGACCAGUUUCGUAAAUGCAAGGAUUGCCUGCUGUCCUAUAAAGUAAACGAAGAAUUCGAACACAAAUGCCUUCAUGCGAUGCGCAAACAUUGUCCUGAGUAUGGAAAUAUUUAUGAACACAAAUGCUUUAUUACCUCUGAGGAGGAAAAGUGUUUUAAACGGAACGUAAGACAAUUAAGAAAAGAGAAACAAACCAACGAGAAACUGGUUGCCACAGUGGCUGAGGGAGAUAGACUGAACGAUGAUUAUUUGGGGGCAAUUAUUGAGAAAAUGAUUGAACAACGUAAAAAGAAAAGUCCAAGAACUGGAAAAUAUCAACAAGGGAAUCCAAUUGGAGGAAAUCAAGAGACGUAGAAACGAAGAAGCUUUGAAUAAUUUACGUGAAGUGAAGUACGAGUGAAUGCAACCCAACAGAAACAAGCUCAAGGUGUAUCAACCCAAGGACGAGUAAUGGUCUUUGCAGAUGUUGAAUGUUUACUCAAUAGAACCAACACAUUUGUCCCUAUGCUGAUCUGCUAUGCACGGGAGGAUAAUGACUCUAUUUUUCACCACUGGGGUCCAAACUGUGUUCAGACAUUUAUUAACACAGUGUUGCGAUGGUCCAAUAACAACAAAGAGGAACUACACAUAUUCUUUCAUAACCUGAAAGGUUUUGAUGGGAUUUUUAUGUUGGAUGCUCUGUACUCUCUGAUGGGCACUGGCACAAAGACAUUACAUUUCAAGCACAUGAGCCUGGUGUUUAAAGAUUGCCUGUCUUAUCUCAACAUGCCGCUGACCAAUUUCACCAACACAUUUGGAUUACAAGAAUUGAAAAAAGGUUGGUUUCCACAUAAGUUUUCCAAGUUGGAAAAUCUACAGCAUGAAGGCCCGAUUCCAGCCCUUCGCUACUAUGAACCACAGCAUAUGGAUGCAAAAAAGAAAAAUGCUUGUGAAGACUGGCAUGCUGAAGAAGUUCUCAAAGGAGAGAAUUGGAACUUUAAGAAGGAGCUGUUGAGUUACUGCGAGAGUGAUGUCAAACUACUCAAAGAGGGCUGUCUAAAGUUUGCAGAGGAUACCAUACGAGAUGCUGGGUUUAAUCCACUUGUAUCACCAUUGCAUCCACAUGUCAUUAUUUCUGGCUUAAUUUUCAGAUGGAACCCAGCACUAUUGCGGUGGAGCCUCCUCACGGCUGGGGUGGAUUAAAGACAUCCCAAAGCAAAGUGGCGUUUCAGUGGCUGUAUUACCAAGACAAACAGUCAGGUGGAAACAGAAUCAAGCACGCCCGCAAUGGUUGUGAACAAGUGAUUCCAGUAAAUCGAGGUAAAGUCAAAGUGGAUGGCUAUGACCCAAGCACAAAAACAGUCUAUGAGUUUCACGGUUGUGAAUUUCAUGGAUGUAGGAAGUGUAAACCUAACAACAGACAUGUGAAGACAUUUCAGAGAUGUUUCAAACAACAAAAGUGAAAACAGAACUGUUACGAGCGGCUGGUUACACUGUGAUUGAGAUGUGGGAGUGUGCGUUUAAGAAAGAAUUGAAACAGAACGAAGAACUAAAAGAUUUAGUGAAGAACAAGUCAUGGAUAUAACCAUUGGAUCCAAGAGAGCCUUUCUACGGCGGACGAACUGGAAUGGCCAAAUGCUACCUUGCAGUGGAAUCAGGAGAAGAGAUUUAUUAUCAAGAUUUCACAAGUUUGUAUCCAACGAUCAACAAAUAUGGCACGUAUCCGACAGGUCAUCCACAAAUCUUGUUCAAUCCAGAGAGUUAAAACGUCGAUGAUUACUUUGGUUUAGCUAAAGUAAGUAUCUUAGCCGCGGAAAAAGUGGAUCAUCCAGAACUAAUGCAGAAAAUGUGUGGAAGAACAAGUAGAUCGUACAUGGCAUGAACGAACGAACCUCUGUCCACAUAGUGAUGCAGAACGAACACUUCGCGGGACAUGGUGUGCUGAAGAAGGCAGUGGAGAUAGGUUACAAGAUUAUGAAAAUCCAUGAAUUCUGGCAUUUCCCCAAAGGCCACAGGAAAGAGGGCUUAUUUGCCCCCUAUGUGAAUUCAUCGUUCAAAUACAAAACCGAAGCGAAAGGGUGGGCAAAACAUUGUGACACCCAAGAACAGAAAGAUCAAUAGGUCGAAGAUUUUGAGGCUAAAGAAGGGAUCAAACUGGAGAACAUUCAGAAAAACCCGUGACGGAAACAAGUGGCAAAACUGAUGUUAAAUUCGUACGUAUAUUGUUUUGUAAAUAAUUAAUGAUGUGCGGACGUUCUCGGAAACGGGCGAAUACUAACGGUUUGUUUACUUUUGUACACUUUCAGCUUUUGGGAAAAAUUUGGCGAGAACGAGCAUAGACCUCAAAUCAUAGCCAUCCAAAACGAAGACGCUUGGCAACGAAAUGUUAAGGACGAAACAGUGGUUGUCAAAGACACUCAUGUCUUCAACGAAGAUGUCUUGGAAGUGAGUGUGAUGUGAAGGAGCGGGGAAAGCUAAUAUUUUCAUUGCUAGUUUUACAACUGCUUUGGUACGUCUCAAACUGUGUGAAGAAUUGCAAAAGCUGGGGGGAAAAGUUCAUUACUAUGACACAGACUCUGAGAUUUAUAGAUGGAGAGAAGGCCAGCCCUAUAUCCCCACUGGCGUCUUCCUGGGACAAAUGACAGAUAAAGUGGAAGGAGAUCCUAUUGUGGAGUUCGGAUCAGCAGGACCGAAAUCUUAUUGCUAGAGAACACAAGGGGGUAAAAAAGAAUGCAAGAACAAGGGCACCAAGAGAUCCUACAAAAUUAAUCAGGUGUUGAACUGUGGUUCUAUGAUGCUCCGCAUCCAACGGGAGAUGACGAACCCAUUAGAUUCUAGAAGAUUGAUGGACAUUGAAAUUAAAACUCAUUUUGUAAGAGAGAACACUCAUAAAACAGUGAGGUUACAACAUUUAGUCAAAUUUUUUGUCUAAACUGGGAUAAGCGUGUAUAAGAACAAGGAGCGGAAAAAACAUAUCCCUACGAAUAUGAGCGAUUAGGUAGCAACUAAAACACAUUUUCUGGAUUUGUGAACUAAGAUAAGUUGUUGUGUUCAACAAAGAGUGGAUUUGAACAAUAUAUGGGUGUGGUUGUAUGAAAACCAAACCCUAACGUGAAAACCAACGAAAAAACUAAAAGGGUGAAAAUUAACCUCAACCAAAAAUACCAAACCCUAACCCUAAGCCUAAUUAGCAUUUUAACCCUAAGUUGUGAAUGCUAACCCUAAGUGCCUAACCCUAAUCGUAAUUACCAUUUUAACCCUAAGUUGUGAAUGCUAACCCUAAGUGCCUAACCCUGACCCUAACCCUAAUUAGCAUUUUAAACCUGAGUUGUGAAUGCUAACCCUUAGUGCCUAACCCUAACCCUAACCCUAAUUAGCAUUUUAAACCUGAGUUGUGAAUGCUAACCCUUAGUGCCUAACCCUGACCCUAACCCUAAUUAGCAUUUUAAACCUGAGUUGUGAAUGCUAACCCUUAGUGCCUAACCCUAACCCUAACCCUAAUUAGCAUUUUAAACCUGAGUUGUGAAUGCUAACCCUAAGUGCCUAACCCUAACCCUAACCCUAAUUAGCAUUUUAAUCCUGAGUUGUGAAUGCUAACCCUUAGUGCCUAACCCUAACCCUAAUCAGAGAGGGGACUGGAAACGAGUGUGGAAAAAAACCUGCUGACGCAGCCUAUUUGUGUUAUAAAGAGUGUCGAGAUUUAGUAGUGUGUUCAAACCCGUCAAGAUGCAACAAGUGUCAAUGCAUGAUUUGGAACAAUUUUCAUGCUGGCAGGAAAAACGUCUCACAAGUUCACACUGGUAUAAUAUUUACCAUCCAGUCAUUUCUGUCGAGUUGACCGAAUUAGCAGACCGUUUGGUGGGAAAUAAUGAUGCUGUAGAGGAAAUUCAGUUGGAUCUAACCGUUCAACAGCACCGCGUCCCCGCAUGGAACGAGAGUUUAUUGAUGUCAAUGAGCGAUGCUUUAUUACCGUCACUUCAGCGAUGGAUUACAAACCAUGGGUACCCUAUGAGAACGUUAUGUUAUCUCUCACUCCAAGCUGUGGAACCACUACCACUACGAAUAACCAGAUGUUUAGGCGUGCUAACAAAUAUUCCAAUGUUUACUUUCUUUCCAUGGAAAGUGUCAGUCACAAAAACUUUAUUAGCCAUGUUGGACUGGCUAAGUCAAAAAUGGUUGAUGGCCCAACUAUAAACACCAUGCAUGGAAUUUAAAUUAGUCAUCACCUUGAUUCAUCAUGAUAAUAGGGAGUGACGUCAUAGACAGAGAACAAUACUUUAACCGAACAAGCCCAUUGACGUCAUAGAAGGAGAACAAUACUUUUUUCAAGAGUCUGAAAACGUGAAGACCUUAUCAUCAGAGAAAUGGCUGGAAAAUUGGUUGACUUUUCCUUCGAUGGUGAGUUGAAUUGGAAAGAAGUGGGGACUUAUCGUCAAAGACUUGAAUCUUUACCUUUUUUACAAGCAAAACUUCAGCAAAAGCAGGACAGCCUUCCAGAAUUCAACGUCUCUUUCUCACUAAUUGGAACAGCCAAACCCACAAAAGAAGGUUCAGCAGACAAGGAAUUCAUUCUACUGAAGGUAAACAUUAACGAAGAUAUCAAACCAGGAAAGAUUUAUUAUUAUUAAGUCAUGGCUCUGGGAAAUCGCCUGAUGGGAGAGAUUGGAUUGUUGACACUUGCACGACCGUUUACUGACAAGACAUUGAUGGAUAUAGAUGUAGGACGACCAAAGGAAAGCCAUUUUUACAGAUUGCAAACAUUCUAUUGUAUUAAACAAUGUGUUAUUAUAAGAUUAACCAAGCUAUCAUGGAUAUGAUUGCAAAAGCACUCAUUUCAAGAUGGGAAGAGCUUGACUCAACGGAGUUUGUGUUGUAUAUCACAAUUCACUACCGGUGUAACUACCUUGUAAGAUCAAUAAAACUAGACAUUGAUUCAGUUCAACAUUGUGUGUUCAUUCACUGGGUGUUUCUAAUUUAGUACAGAGUUGGGCAUAUUUGGACUGCAAUUCAGUUAAUUCUUGCUGGAAUUGAGCCAUGGUAGUUUUCUUAGGUUUUUGGGGUUUCGUGAGCUGCUGUCGAUCCCCUUGUCGUUGAACCAGGAGCGCUUGAUAACUGUUUUGAUCUUCAGAGAGAAACUUUUGUUCCUUCUGAAUCAUUUGGUCCAAAAUAACACAUUGGACUUGAUCACAAGCCGCAUUGACAAUGUUCUGAGCUUCAGGUGAACUCAUCUUGGGAUAAGGUUUAAUUGAUUUCAUUCGUUGCGGAAAGGUGCCAUUCUUGAGAUGUUUUCUAAAGUUUUUGAUAGCCUGUUCACGGUACCGUAUCCUGGCUUUGAUGGCCAUGAGUUUCUGUCGAUACUGUUUCAACUUGGUCUUGACAGAUUUUUCUGAAGGUUCAGACUUAACAGGGGGUUCUUCGACAGUCAUAGUGCACAUGUUACCUCGAGGCGAUUGAACGUGAAAAUGAUAGCUGUUGACAAUCGUUCAUUCUAUUUAUAGCCUAGGAUGAGGUCUGAAAAGGUAUAAAAGACAGGUGAGUCCUAAUCGAAUCAUCAUGUUAUCACAAGCCAUCAUGUGGAUAGGUGGGUAUAGCGACUGGACACCUGCAGAACAACGAGAAUGGGACAGAGAUUAAGAAGAGUUAGAGGCACAGAACGUGCACAGAGAGAUCAGACUAAUACUCUGACUUCGAACGUUGAGAACCAGAAAGGAGAAGACAGUGACUAACUAGCAUGGCUAGAAUUGGCGAUAGAUUUUCCAGUGUUUAAAGCCUCCUAUACAAGAGUGAACGGAACAGAUUUUUAUGUGGUAGACCUUCAUCAAUUAUCUCCAAGAAAACCAGGGACUCGCAAUUGGGAUUUUGAAGUGGUGUAUCCUUUUUAUCAUGGGUUGAAUGCUAUUAUUGAACAGCGAAAAACACCUAAGACAACCCUCAUUAAAGUAGAAGCUUCAUCAAGGGAACACGCUGACGUCACAUAUACUUGUGAAUUCUCACCAGACGAGUGGUCUUAUAAAACCAUGGACGAAAUCUCAGAGGCCUUAGCAGAUCAGUUAACAAUGAAACAAAACUUAAACAGAGGACUGCUCAUGAACAUUUCUUUCUAUGAGGAGUAGUGGAUUGCAGUUAAAGCCUACAACUAAAAUUGUAAUGUAAUGAAAAGUCUACAACAAAAUUUGUUAUAGGUUGGAAAAGUCUGCCAGUCUUUACUUAGCGGAUCAUUUACGUCAAGUGCAUAACCUAUACAGUGAAGAACGACAACCACUGUUAAAGUCAGCGAUAUUUUCUCAUCCAGUGACUUCUUAGUUAUCACCAAACUUAGUCUCAACAGAUGUACCUCAGGGAUUGUAUACCCAACAGGGAAUGCCGUCACAGCUUUUAAGUAUUCACCCUCAACCCCGACAGCUUCCAAGACCGGCUAUGAAAGUAUAGAGCAAUUGCCUUCAAACAAAACCCUACUCAGACUUUAAGUUCAAUCACAUGUUCUCGAUGCGCGAGGUAGGACCAAGUCAGGGCGGUAAAACAUUUUUUGUGGAGCAGUUGCGAACUGUACCCUGUGUCAAGUACCCUAGUGAGAAACCCAGACGUAUUUUCUGGUUUUACAAUCAGUGGCAAAGUCGCUAUAUGUCCUUGAAAUCAAAACUGGGCGAUGAGAUAGUGUUUACUCAAGGCUUACCAGACAUGAGCGAAAAUCUUGGCGAGAUCAAUCCAAAGUUGAACAAUGUGUUCGUGUUUGAUGAUUUGAUGUCACAAGCUACAGAAAGCCCAGUGCUUUCUCUCUUGUUUACGCAAGGCAGGCACCGCAAUGCCAGCGUGAUAUUAUUGCUACAAAAUAUGUUUCCGAAAGGGAGAUUCAACAAAGAUAUUAGAAGAAAUGCCCAGUACAUGGUGUUGUUUUGCAGUCCGAGUGACAAAAAACAGAUUGGUAUUGUGGCUGAGAGAAUUUUUGAUUCGUACAGCAUUUAUGUCUGCUUACACGAAAGAAACCGAGAAGCCUUAUGGGUAUGUGUUGAUUGAUAAUCAGCCAAAAACCACGACCGAUAAACAAGUCGUGGCUGAUGUGUUUGGUACUUGUCACUGCUAUCCCAACAUGAUUACAAGUACCAAGACGUUACCAGAGGAAACCUUAUGUACACCUGAAACGGUCUCUCGAAAAAGGUCUAUUGAUCAGCCAGAAGUCAAAAGCAAACGGCCAAAACAACCUGAAAAGAAACAGGUGACAUCAACGAAACGAAAACUCAAAGCAAAACCAGUCAAGGGCAAACGCACUCAAAUGCAAAAGAAACAAGUGAAACCGAGCGUCUAUAAACCAAAGUUUAUUGUAACGCCAACAUAGGAGACUCUGAACUCUGACGAGGACCAGUUUCCCUUCGAUGAGGACCAGCUUAGCUCUGAUGACGACCCGUUAAACUCUAUUGCUAAAAGACAUAGCUAUGCACACGAGCUAAACUCUCUUGCUAAAAGACAGAGAUUUGGACCCUAGAUUGUUUAUGAAUAAUUGUUAAAGAGUGAAAUAAACCACAGAUUUUAAACGGUGAAUUGUUGAUUAUGUUAUUUAGCGCAAUGACGUUAUUAUUCGAUGACAGAAGACGGGCAUGCUUGGGCAAUGACGUCACUUAGACAUGUCAGGGCAGACACAUCGUAAAGGUGAGGUCGAAAGUUCAACCCCUGCCUUAAGUUUAUUUUACUCUUUCUUCUCGUUCUAAUUAAAUCAGUAACGAAGUAAUACUAAUAAAUACGAGAAAAAUAGCGAGAAGAAAGAGUAAAAUAAAUUUUAGGAAUGAUGAUUCGAUAAGGACUCACCUGUCUUUUGUACCUUUUCAGACCUCAUCCUAGGCUAUAAAUAGAAUGAACGAUUGUCAACAGCUAUCAUUUUCACGUUCGAUCGCGUCGAGGUAACAUGUGCACUAUGACUGUCGAAGAACCCCCUGUUAAGUCUGAACCUUCAGAAAAACCUGUCAAGACCAAGUUGAAACAGUAUCGACAGAAACUCAUGACCAUCAAAGCCAGGAUACGGUACCGUGAACAGGCUAUCAAAAACUUUAGAAAACAUCUCAAGAAUAGCACCUUUCCGCAACGAAUGAAAUCAAUUAAACCUUAUCCUAAGAUGAGUUCACCUGAAGCUCAGAAAAUUGUCAAUGCGGCUUGUGAUCAAGUCUAAUGUGUUUACUAUUUUGGACCAAAUGAUUCAGGAGGAACAAAAGAAACUCACUGAAGAUCAAGACAGUAAUCAAGCACUUCUGGUUCAACGACAAGGGGAUCGACAGCAGCUCAAGAAAACCCAAAAAGCUAAGAAAUCUACCAUGGCUCAAUUCCAGCAAGAAUUAACUGAAUUGCAGUCCAAAUAUGCCCAACUCUGUACUAAAUUAGAAACACCCAGCGAAUGAACACAAUGUUGAACUGAAUCAAUGUCUAGUUUUAUUGAUCUUACAACCUAGUUACACCCGUAGUGAAUUGUGAUAUACAACACAUGAUAGCUUGGUUAACCUUAUAAUAACGCUUUUUUUUAAGAAAGAAAAGAACCUUAAUACAAUAGAAUGUUUGUAAUCUGUAAAAAUGGCUUGUCCUUUGGUCGUCCUACAUAUAUAUCCAUCAAUGUCUUGUCAGUAAACGGUCGUGCAAGCGUCAACAAUCCAAUCUCUCCCAUCAGGCGAUUUCCCAGAGCCAUGAAUUUGGAAUAAAUCUUCCCUGGUUUGAUAUCUUCGUUAAUGUUUACCUUCAGUAGAAUGAAUUCCUUGUCUGCUGAACCUUCGUUUCUGGGUUUAGCUUUUCCAAUUAGUGAGAAAGAGACGUUGAAUUCUGGAAGGCUGUCCUGCUUUUGCUGAAGUUUUGCUUGUAAGUCUCCACAUCUUUCCAAUUCAACUCACCAUCGAAGGAAAAGUCGACCAAUUUUCCAGCCAUUUCUCUGAUGAUAAGGUCUUCACGUUUUUACACUCUCGACAAUCACAACUUGAAUUUAUGUCCAGGUCUAAAUACCCUCGGGAACUUGGACAUGUUCAGACAAAGUAUUGUUCUCCUUCUAUGACGUCAAUGGUCUUGUUCGGUUAAAGUAUUGUUCUCUGUCUAUGACGUCACUCCCUAUUAUCAUGAUGAAUCAAGGUGAUGACUAAUUUAAAUUCCAUGCAUGGUGUUUAUAGUUGGGCCAUCAACCAUUUUUGACUUAGCCAGUCCAACAUGGCUAAUAAAGUUUUUGUGAGUGCAUUACAACUUCACGCCGAUUUAAGUGUGUAUUUCAGAAAUGGGCAUAACCGCUGGAUUUUGUACCCUGAAGGCUCAAUUUAUUCCUCCGGACUUUCCCUUCGAGAGUGCUCGUUUUGACUCGGUUUAAAGAAGGUGAGAUUUUAUGGCGGAAGACUCAGAAGGGAAUUCAAAGGAAUUGAACAAUGGCUUAAUUAAGCUGCCCAGGGCCGCGAAGUUUUAAUGGUAUCCUUUUGUUCUAACUGUGUCAAUAAAACUGCAGAGAAUUAUCGCACAUAUUGCGGUAGAAGUUUAUGGAUUUAAGUCUUUCGCAAAACUUCUUCGACUUGGACACGUAUUUUUCAAAAAGUAGAAUUUUGAGAGCUUCAAAAAGAGAUCUUGAACGAGAAAUCUCGACCACUGUGGACCGAGAUUGGAUUUUUUUUCUUGCCGAGGUUUCGAAGUACAAAGCAAGCCGCUCAAGCAUUUUUUCUCGCCUAUCGCUUAAUAAAAUCCGGCCGAGAGUUAUCCAUUCAUUCAAUCAUAACAGUUAUUCAUUUCUCCAGAGCAAUGAAACUAUACAAGCGUUUCUACAAAAUUAUUUCGAGGAAUUAUGAACUCCGCAAGUUUUGAUCUGUCGAUUACAGCUCUUGUUUUGAUUUUAGAUAUUUCCCGUCUCACUCGACUACUCCGCGAAUCAAGUUGUCAUGCAAAUCGGUGAACUGACAAUACGCGUUAUUUCGGGCCCUGCAGUCACGUAACUGAAACGCAAGCGAAAACAUCCAAAAAAGUGAAAUUACACUCUAAUAAAACUGUGUCAUCCCGUUAAAUGCAUUCACCGCUUGCGUUGUUUACAUUUUGAAAAGAGUUGUUCGCUCUUGAUUGCAGAGCUACUGAAUGAAUGAAUGAAAGAUUCUAAUAAAUAACUUCCGCAGCAAUUUUUUAAACGCCAAAUUAUUUUCAAGGCAAGAGAGUAUUUAAUAAAAAAAUACUAUUGUAGACCAGGUAUUUAUAAGCUUUAAACAACUUCAAAUUUAUCAGGCUUGUUUCCUUUGUAAUACGGUGCGUGACCGAAAAUAUGUUAUGCAACCAGAGUUGUCCGCCACGCUUAAAAGACUUGUAAGCGUUCCCUCGGACUGCAGCAGAUUUAACAGGCAAGUCCGAGUGUUUUAAUGGAUAAAUUUAAUACUCAUCAGGUAACAAUGGGGAUUAAAAAGUCAAUCAAGCAACAAAAUUCGAAACAAAAGAGACAUAUCGCACCUAAAUCAAAGGAAUUCCGCUCGUGGAUUCUUCGGAAGGUAAUCGACAAUGGCAAGAACAAUAGCCUGAAUAUAUGAAUACUUGAUAACCCCAAAAUUUGGGGUACACACUUAAAUCGGCGUGAAGUUGUAAUGGACACAGUCCAUGGAAAGAAAGUAAACCCUGGAAUAUUUGUUAGCACGCCUAAACAUCUAGUUAUUCGUAGUGGUAGUGGUUCCACAGCUUGGAGUGAGAGAUAACAUAACGUUCUCAUAGGGUACCCAUGGUCUGUAAUCCAUCGCUGAAGUGACCGUAAUAAAGCAUCGCUCAUUGACAUCAAUAAACUCUCGUUCCAUGCGGGGACGCGGUGCUGUUGAACAGUUAGAUCCAAUUGAAUUUCCUCUACAGCAUCAUUAUUUCCCACCACAUGGUCUGCUAAUUCGGUCAACUCGACAGAAAUGACUGGAUUGUAAAUAUUAUACCAGUGUGAACUUGUGAGACGUUUUUCCUGCCAGUAUGAAAAAUGUUCCAAAUCAUGCAUUGACACUUGUUGCAUCUUGACGGGUUUGAACACACUGCUAAAUCUCGACACUCUUUAUAACACAAAUAGGCUGCGUCAGCAGGUUUUUUUCCACACUCGUUUCCAGUCCCCUCUCUGAUUAGGGUUAGGGUUAGGCACUAAGGGUUAGCAUUCACAACUCAGGUUUAAAAUGCUAAUUAGGGUUAGGGUCAGGGUUAGGCACUUAGGGUUAGCAUUCACAACUUAGGGUUAAAAUGGUAAUUACGAUUAGGGUUAGGCACUUAGGGUUAGCAUUCACAACUUAGGGUUAAGAUGCUAAUUAGGCUUAGGGUUAGGGUUUGGUAUUUUUGGUUGAGGUUAAUUUUCACCCUUUUAGUUUUUUCGUUGGUUUUCACGUUAGGGUUUGGUUUUCAUACAACCACACCCAUAUAUUGUUCAAAUCCACUCUUUGUUGAACACAACAACUUAUCUUAGUUAACAAAUCCAGAAAAUGUGUUUUAGUUGCUACCUAAUCGCACAUAUCGGUAGGGAUAUGUUUUUCCCGCUCCUUGUUCUAAUACACGCUUAUCCCAGUUUAGACAAAAAAUUUGACUAAAUGUUGUAACCUCACUGUUUUAUGAGUGUUCUCUCUUACAAAAUGAGUUUUAAUUUUAAUGUCCAUCAAUCUUUUAGAAUCUAAUGGGUUCGUCAUCUCCCGUUGGAUGUGCUGCAUCAUAGAACCACAGUUCAACACCUGAUUAAUUUUGUAAGAACUCUUGGUGCCCUUGUUCUUGCAUUCUUUUUUAUCCCCUUGUGUUCUAUAGCAAUAAGAUUUCGGUCCUGUUGAUCCAAACUCCACAAUAGGAUCUCCUUCCAGUUCAUCUGUCAUUUGUCCCAGGAAGUUGCCCGUGGGGAUAUAGGGCUGGCCUUCUCUCCAUCUAUAAAUCACAGAGUCCGUGUCAUAGUAAAGAACUUGUUUCCCAAGCUUUUGCAAUUCUUCAUUCAGUUUAGGACGUGCCAAAGCAGUUGUAAAACUGGCAAUGAAAAUAUUAGUUUUCUCCGCUCCUUCACACGCGUCCUGCUUCUUCAUCACACUCACUUCCAAGACAUCGUCGUUGAAGAUACGAGUGUCUUUGACCACCACUGUUUCGUCCUUAACAACUCGUUGCCAAGCGUCUUCGUUUUGGAUGGUUAUGAUUUGAGGUCUAUGCUCGUUCUCGCCAAAUUUUUCCCAACAGCUGAAAGUAUACAAAAGUAAAUAAACCAUUAGUUUUCGCCCGUUUCCGUGAACGUCCGCACAUCAUUAAUUAUUCACAAAACAAUACACCUACGAAUUUAACAUCGAUUUUGCCACUCGUUUCCGUCCAGGGUUUUUCUGAAUGUUCUCCAGUUUGAUUCCUUCUUUAGCCUCAAAGUCUUCGACAUACUGUUCUUUCUGUUCUUGGGUUUCACAAUGUUUUGGCCACCCACUCGCUUCGGUUUUGUAUUUGAGCCAUGAAUUCACAUAGGGGGCAGAUAAGCCCUCUUUCCUUUGGUCUUUGGGGAAAUGCCAGACUUCAUGGAUUUUCAUAAUCUUGUAACCUAUCUCGACUGCCUUCUUUAGCUCUUCAGUACACCAUGUACCGUGAAGUGUUCGUUCUGCAUCACUAUGUGGACAAAGGUUCGUUCGUUUAUGCCAUGGACAAUCUAAUUGUUCUUCCACACAUUUUCUGCACUAUGGAAACAUCAGUUUGCCAUUCAUUUUGCCUGGAAGUUCUGGAUGAAACACUUUUUCCGCGGCUAAGAUACUUACUUUAGCUAAACCAAAGUAGUCAUCGAUGUUUUGACUCUCUGGAUUGACCAAGAUUUGUGGAUGACCUGUCGGAUACGUGCCAUAUUUGUUGAUCGUUGGAUACAAACUUGUGAAAUCUUGAUAAUAAAUCUCUUCUCCUGAUUCCACUGCAAGGUAGCAUUUGGCCAUUCCAGUUCGUCCGCCGUAGAAAGCCUCUCUUGGAUCCAAUGGUUAUACCCAUGACUUGUUCUUCACUAAAUCUUUUAGUUCUUCGUUCUGUUUCAAUUCUUUCUUAAACGCACACUCCCACAUCUCAAUCACAGUGUAACCAGCCGCUCGUAACAGUUCUGUUUUCACUUUUGUUGUUUGAAACAUAUCUGAAAUGUCUUCACAUGUCUGUUGUUAGGUUUACACUUCCUACAUCCAUGAAAUUCACAACCGUGAAACUCAUAGACUGUUUUUGUGCUUGGGUCAUAGCCAUCCACUUUGACUUUACCUCGUUUUACUGGAAUCACUUGUUCACAACCAUUGCGGGCGUGCUUGAUUCUGUUUCCAUCUGCUUGUUUGUCUUGGUAAUACAACCACUGAAACGCCACUUUGCUUUGGGAUGUCUUUAAUCCACCCCAGCCGUGAGGAGGCUCCACCGCAAUAGUGCUGGGUUCUAUCUGAAAAUUAAGCCAGAAAUAAUGACAUGUGGAUGCAAUGGUGAUACAUUGCAAAAGUGGAUUAAACCCAGCAUCCCGUAUGAUAUCCUCUGCAAACUUUAGACAGCCCUCUUUGAGUAGUUUGACAUCACUCUCGCAGUAACUCAACAGCUCCUUCUUAAAGUUCCAAUCCUCUCCUUUGAGAACUUCUUCAGCAUGCCAGUCUUCACAAGCUUUUUUCUUUUUUGCAUCCAUUUGCUGUGGUUCAUAGUAGCGAAGGGCUGGAAUCGGGCCUCCAUGCUGUAAAUUUUCCAACUUGGAAAACUUAUGUGGAAACCAACCUUUUUUCAAUUCUUGUAAUCCAAAUGUGUUGGUGAAAUUGGUUAGCAGCAUGUUGAGAAAAGACAGGCAAUCUUUAAACACCAGGAGCUUGUGCUUGAAAUGUAAUGUCUUUUUGCCAGUGCCCAUGAUAUUGGUAACUUUUAAAUUCAUCUUGUACAGAGCAUCCAACAUAAAAAUGCCAUCAAAACCUUUUAGGUUAUGAAAGAAUAUGUGUAGCUCCUCUUUGUUGUUGUUGGACCAUCGCAACAUUGUGUUAAUAAAUGUCUGAACACGGUUUGGACCCCAGUGGUGAAAAAUAAAGUCAAAAUAGAGUCAUACGGACAUGUGCUGGUUCUAUCGAGUAUACAUUGAACAUCUCCGAAGACCAUUACUCGUCCUGAGGCUGAUACACCUUGAGCUUGUUUCUGUUGGGUUGCAUCCACUCGUUCCUCGAUCAUUUCCAAUGUUAUCUCAUCAAGAUCCUUUCCUUCGUUUACCAAUUGUUCCAUCACACUUUCACGUAAUUCAUUCAAAGCUUCUUCGUUUCUACGUCUCUUGAUUUCCUCCAUCGGGAUUCCCUUGUUAAUAUUUUUCAGUUCUUGGACUUUUUUUUUUAUGUUGUUCAAUCAUUUUCUCAAUAAUCGCCCCCAAAUAAUCAUCGUUCAGUCUAUCUCCCUCGACCACUCUGGCAACCAGUUUCUCGUUGGUUUGUUUCUCUUUUCUUAAUUGUCUUACGUUUCGUUUAAAACACUUUUCCUCCUCAGAGGUGAUAAAGCAUUUGUGUUCAUAAAUGUUUACAUACUCAAGACAAUGUUUGCACAUCGCAUGAAGGCAUUGGUGUUCCAAUUCUUCGUCUACUUUAUAGGACACCAGGCAAUCCUUGCAUUUACGAAACUGGUCACAAACACUUUUCAAUUCAACUAUAGAAGGAAGUUCCUCCAAAUAAUCUUUUUCCCAUUUUUGUUUCGCUCGUUUUAAGGCUGGGUCUUCUGUCUCAUGUUGUACGAGACGAUAGACAAAGCAAUCUUCACCAUAAAAUUCGCAUCUGCACCUGAUACAACUUCGAUCUGGUUUCGCCCAUAAUUUAAAAUCUUGGCAUCCAUCCUUAUCCUUGGACUUACUUCUUUUGCAGGCAGGGCAGUUUUGAACUUGACAGUUAUGAUGGGCGCUGUCCUCAGUAUUGUAGCCUUUACAGCAGCGAUUACAAAAGUAGGAUCGGUUCAUGAACCCUGGUAUCGAAUACAACCCAUCGUAGUGCGCUUGCACAUCAUCGUUCUCAUCCACGUACACCGAUUUCACCAGAGCAAUCAAUUUCUCAGCUUCCAGAAAUGUAUCCCCUUUAAAAAUCACACCGUCUUUAGAGGCAUCCACGACGAUAAUUCUAAAUCCUUGAGGACCCAGGUGCUCUUGAAAUUUUGUAAUUUCCUCCAAGCCGCAAGGUCCUUCAUGGACGCCCGCUUCCGCAUGAAGUUUCUUGGCUUCUUUCAACUGUUGGGUAUUGUUACCCCGAUCUUUUUUAAUGUUUUCAAAGGUAUUUUUGUUCACCUGCUUGUCGUUUGCUAUAUUCUCGCAUUGUGACUAUGGCACGGGCACAGCACAAGUCAUCUUUAUUUUUAAUCUCGCACACACUUCUUGAUUCUUUGGCUAUGUGUUCCCAAAUUUUUUGUCCUGGACCACCGCCUGCCCUUUUACCACCUUUCAUCUCAGGGCGAGUGAAAAGAAUCGAUGCAGAAAAUCCCACAUCGUUGGUAAUAAAAUGUCCAAUGUUUAACACAUUAGUUAGGUUCUCCAACAUUGCUUUUGUAUAGAGAGCUCUUUCUGUAAAGUCACCGACUGGUACUUUCCAAGUCUCUCCCUUCAAUCCUUCUUUUCUAUGCCCUCUGCUGCCAAUUUGAAGUGUCGUGCGAUAGUCAUUUGGAUAGGAUUUGUAGGUCGUUAAUUAGAUUUUCCAUGGCAACGGCCAAGGCAUGUGUGGCGCCAAUGUUUAAAUCUUCGUCUUCUCUUGGUCCACGUUUUUGGUCUAACGUUAUGCUGGUCCUAACUUUUUAAAAUCAGCUACAUGGAAUGGAUCUGGACCACCAGCGUAUUCGUCAGUAGGCUCUGUUUCUGGAUCAACUGCCUCUGGUUUAGGGACUUUCACAUCAGAUUUGGUAUCUCCUUCAGCAGCUUCGCGUUUGGUACCGCGGUUAGUCACAGCACUGCCAAGUUAUGAAUCAAUAUGCGGUACCUUGUUGGAAUGAAGUAGUUCCAUGCUUUCUUCGGCUUUCCGUUUGGCUCCUUCAGAAUGAGACUUACGGAUAUGACUUAACAUAUUGUCUUUCCUUUUAAAUGUUUACUCACAGUAUAAACAUGAAACAGGUUCUGUUUUCUUUCCACAAUAUUUCUUGUGAAGUGAGAAGUCAAAUCUGUUUUUGUACUUUUUUCCGCAGGUAGGACAUGGUCUUGGAUAGGUUGGGUAGGUUGAUGAGCUUUGAUAAGUACAACGUAUCGUAAUCAAAUGAAUUGUGCCUAGGUUGCCCUUCCUUUUAUACAUUACAGAACAAUAGAUAGAGUGGGCAUGCACAAUCUUGCCCACUCACGAAAGCAUGACAUAGUCUAAAAAUAGAAACAACUUCUACCAAGUCAGUAAAUCAAUGAGUGACGUCACUGAGUUUGUCUAAACUUGGCCGCCUCCGUUAGCAUAAUCAAUCAACCGUAACUCCUUCAAGCGUUACCUUUACUCGAUUUAGGGUUAGCAAUGAUCUCAAGGUCAGGGUUAGUAGUGAACUCUACUUGAUUAGGGUUAGACUAAUGGACUCAAGGUUAGAGUUAAGCAUUGCACUCGAGAGAUGUAGGGUUAAGCACUGCACUCGAGAGAUUUAGAGUUAGACAUUUGAACUCAAGGUUAGGGUUAGACAUUUCACCAUUUUCGCUAGCACUCAGCUUGCAUCCUUAGCAACGGGUGAGGUCCAGAUAUCCAAUAAAAACAUUACUUGGUUCGCGUCCUUAGCAACAGUAUCUAUGUGACCCAAAAUGUUGGCCUUUAAAAAAUGUUGCCCCUUUUUGUCCCACUAUAGCCCCUAUUUGCUUCUGGAGUUUGGUUGUCUCGACAGUUUUAGGUGGUUUUUGGUCUCAUCCGAAAGUGAUAGCUACCCUUAUGGGUCUGUUCGAAAGUAGGAGGACAUGAAGGAGCCUUGCUUUCAUUAGAAAAUUGUAGGGGACGUUUUGUCUUUACACCGAAAGUUUAAAGAGACCUUUUUUAAAACGAUCGCAAUAUCUUGGUAUUAAAAUGUGACUAACACAACCUCCGAAAAUCGUAGUUAAGCUAUCAGAAAAUGUCCGAAUAUUUUAGGCGAAUGGAACGGUUAUCCAGAACUUUUUAGCUUUUCACAAGCUUUAGAAAUGUCUAGGCAAUAUUUGCGCCUUCGAACAGUUAUUUUAAAGAAAAAAGUCGCUGGGUGCCCCUGCUUGAUGAUGAUGAUGUUUUAUAUAAUCAAGCCCCGUCCACAAGUGUCCGGAUAUUUUGAAUCCGAAAAUUGUUCUAUACCGAUUCAAAAAUUUCCACGUCCGCCCGUCGUGUAUUCAAAUCGAAUUUGGCCGUCUACACGUAUGCGGAUUCACUCUCCGUUCGUCAGCUAGUUGCACACUUGAAAUUAAAGUCCAAGAAGUAAAGAAGCCAUAACAUUGCGCACGGCACCGCCUUGAAAAUUCACUGUAAAGAGCUGGGCUCGAUCUUGUGACAUCACUGGAUGAAAAAAUAUCCGGAUUUCAUAGCGCAUUCAACAUUUUCACUCUGUAGAGCGAAUACAGAAAGUUGUGGAUUACACCGGAUACGUGUGGGCGAAGAAUCCGCCAAGGAAAAGUUCCGGAUUCAAAAAUAUCCCGAUACGUGUGGAUAAAUUAUUACGUUUUUGCCAAGCAUUUGCCUUUCAAAUGACACUGCGUAUCGUCGUGUGUUAGGUAACGUAUGGCCCGGUCGAUUGCUUGUCAUGCACAUCAGAAGUUUCAAGGGAAAUUAACGAAGUUCAUAUCUCAGGUAUGACAAUCCUGACUGCAUGUAAAAAAUAUUGUUGUUGUUGUUUGUUUGUUUGUUUGUUUGUUUUUUUCAAGUAUUUAUUGUCCAGAACAAGAUUCCACUUCUCUUCUUUUAAGUAGCUCUCCUAGUUGGAAGUUGCAAUUUCACAUCUGGCCUUUGUUCGUGGAACAGUAAAGACAAUGGUUGGACACUUUCACCGUCUGGCAAAGGUUUGUGUUGUUGAUUCAGUAAUACCUCAUGUACAUGAACCUUAUUUGUCUCGACCUAAAUACGAUGUAAUGGUACCUGAAUGCAGUGCCAACACUACGGGGCUUAAAGGUGAUCAGGCAUGCACCCAACCAUCUACGAUCUUAACAGUUCAUAUUACUUUGGAAGCUGACGAGUAAACUAUUGUUAUGGACGCUGUAAACCAUCUUAAGCAAUUUGUGUAAGUCACAGGGCACCAUACUGCGAAUAAUACCUUGCGCAGUUUGGUUGUUGACUGCCAAAGGAAAAACUAAUUAUGAUGCAACAAAGUUGUUCCCUCACCCUUGCUACGCGAUAGUUGAGCCGACGGCGAACGCUUGGCUGCCACAGGCCAGUUAUCGCUGUGGUCUCGUCACCAAGCCUUGUUUCGGAAAAAAAUGUUAUUUGUUUGUCUUGGAUGUUCUUUGAACUCUUAUGUCACAGUGGAACCUUGACAUAAACAAGUCCUAAGGGACUGGCAAAAUUUUUUCACUAUAACGAGGUUAUUUUCCACAUAUUUUAUUAUUACAGGUGUAAGCAACAUCUUUCGUUAGACCCGCGAAAACGUCUUAUAAAGAAAUUCGUUCUAUCAAAGUUUAACUGUGAAGACAAUGGAAAGUAAAUGAUGUGUUAUUAUUCUAUGUUUAUUCAGGAAUUGUCCCCCGUUUUGACAGCAAAGUUGCUGUUCUAGAGAGCCCGUGGAUUUCGAAAAAGCUUAUUUAUGAAAAAACUGGAUUGUGCCUGUCCUUCUCUUAUCUUCUUUCCGCUUAUUUUGGAUCAUCAGUAAGUUUUGUACUGCUGACAUCAUCAAAUGUCUCUUUGUGGAGUCUCCAGGGAUACCAGGGUCAAACCUGGCAGACAGGUCAAGUGUCAUUCAAACCACGUGAGGAUUUUAAGGUAAAAUGUCUUUCCGGUAACAUAAUCGAUCAAGCUUUUCGCUCCGUCGUAGGAUUGAUUUAUUCAAUCAUGUCCUCUAUUCUGUAGGUUGCUGCUAUCGGAAAACAAACGUCUGGGAUUAAUCCUGUGACAAUUAAAAACAUUAGGAUUGCUGCAACUCAGUGUGAGAGACUACCGCUGCAUAGCUUACCAGGUACGAACUCUCUCUUAAUGGUCUUCACUUUAUCCAUAACUGAGUUUCUUAAAACCUUCUGAACACGUUCAGUUGUCCAGCUGCGUAAAGUCUGUGCACUUAUAUGAACUUAUGAGUAAUUGAAAUAUGCAAAUAAUAGUGGCGGCUUUUUUACUUCGAGGAGCUUCACUGAUCAACUAUCAUUCAAACUUCAAUUCUUUUAGGAUUCCUGUGCGACAGCAAAAGUAGUUUUCAGUGCGACAAUGGCCAUUGCGUAAGCAAAGACCUAGUGUGCGAUGGAGACACUGCUUGCGUAGACAACUCAGACGAGAAAAACUGUAAAUGCCUCACAAGUGAUUUUGUGUGUCCGUCUGGUGAAUGUCUUGAUGUAGAGAAGCUAUGUGACUUGAGAAAGGACUGCAAGGAUGGAACAGACGAGGCAAGAUGCGGUAAGCAACAGACUCAAAAAAGUUAUAGUUAUUUCCUGGAAUAUUUGUUACACAAUUAGGUCCUCAUUAAUAUAGGGAAAAGCUGCUCAGAAGAUGCUUUUUCUUGCUCCGGAGGUGGUUGCGUACCAUGGUCUCUCACGUGCGAUGGACAUGCGAACUGUGAAGAUGGAACAGAUGAGCCAUCUAUAUGUGGUAAUUUUGCAUUUUUUACAUGUGUUUUUCUUUGA